AUGUCGGAUACGAAGGUGAAAGUGGCCGUCAGAGUCCGGCCCAUGAACAGGAGAGGUAAUAAUAAUAAUAAUAAUAAUAAUAUUGGGACGGAGAUGGCUCACACUCGCCUCUCAGCAGUCCCCCACUAACCCCAUCUUCACCCCUCAGAAGCACCUUUUCCCCUCGCUCCCUUCCGCCCCUCCAACUUGUUUGCAGAGUUGAACUUUUUUCUCUCCCUUGGAUUGGCGGCGGGGCGAGGAAAAGGGAAGGGUGUCCUCUCUGGCUUGAGCAAAGCUCUUGCCUAGCCCUUCCUGGCGAAAGUCUCGGGAGCGGGGUGUGAGCCCCGCGGUGAGCAGGAUGAAGCCCCGAUCCCUCAUUCGCUCCCUUGGUUUUCUUCGCUGGAGCGCAGCCUCCCUUUUCUUGCAGCGAGGGGCGUGGAGUUGAGGGCAACCCCCGUCGGCUCCUUGUAAAUCUGUUUGAAGCUGGUCUGCUCGCUUACUGGGUGGGUGGGUGGGUGGGUGGGGAAAGCUGGCUGGCUCUGGGGCGAUUUCUCCAACCUGUCAGGGGUGCCAACAUUUAUGGAGCGGGGGCAGAUGAGCCCCGCCCCGCAUAAUUGAUCACAUGACGCAGCACACACCGUUUGAAUGGCAAUGCCCAUAAACUUGGGGGGGGGGUCAGAUUUUUUUACUGGGGUGUCCAAAGUAAAGUUACCGGAUUUUUUUCAGACGGACUGGCCCCUAGGAGUUGGCUUCUAUGCAACCUAUCAUAGAGUUGCAAGGGGCCACAAGGGUUCAACCUCCUGCAAUGAAGGAAUCUUUUGCCCAAUGUGGGGUUCAAACCCAUGACCCUGAGAUUAAGAGUCUCAUGAUCUACCGACUGAGCUGUCCCAGCUGACUAAAAGCUGUGGAUCUUCUUCUCUCUUCCUGACUUCCAGUGGAGGAUCUGACACUAUCAUCUCCUAGUCUUGGAGAUGGUGGCCUGAAAUGGCUUACAUGGUCGCUUUUUUGGGAGGGGGGGACAUUUUCAAGACCGCUCAGUGUGACUUGGUUGCCUUAACUUGCCAGCUGUUGUUAUAAAAGGUGGUUAAUGAAAGCAAGAGAGUGGUCGCCUUUCCACCCUUUCAGUGGCUGUAUAAUUUCACACGGGUAACAUGUGGAUAACAUACAAGCCAGGCAAUGAAACUGGGCACUGGUGGAAAGCCUCUGUCAAUCUGUAGGUCUCCAACUUUUUGCUUUUGGAUUGUCCUUCCCCCCUUUUUUCCCCUCCCCCACAUUUUUUUGGGAGAGCAACGCCCAUGCCAUUUCCUACACUCUUAGCAGCAAAAGGGAGUUGUUUUCUAGACACAAGAAGAAAGAAACAGGAAAAGCCCUGCUGGCUUGGGGUGAGCUGUAUAUAUCAUUUUGUAAGGGAACGUUCUGAAAUUCUCAGUUGCAUUAUGUUUCAGAGCUGGAGCUGAAUACAAAGUGCAUUGUGGAGAUGGAAGGGAAUCAAACUGUGCUGCAUCCUCCACCUUCAAACAACAAGCAGGGAGAAAACAGGUAAACAUCUAAAUCUAUAUUCUCAAUUCAGAUAAAUGAUUUGUGUGCUUUGUUAAGGAAGCACCAGCUGUUUCUGUAACUUGUCUCUACUCAUGGGAAAAAGUUCUGGGAGGUGAUCCUUCUCUGAUUCACAACCAUAUAAAAAAGGAAGAAUUGCAAUUAACCUUCAACAAGCUGAGUGCUGAGUUGCAUGAAAAGUAGUUAUGGAUUCUAUGUAGAAUAGUAAUGAUAAACUAGUAAAAUAAGCUACUAAGAAUGUCGGAAAUCAAAACACUGUAGGUUUAAGUACAGUUACCUUGUAAACCACAUCCCCUCCCCCAAUGUAGUAUUCUUCGUUGAUUCAGGAACGAUAGAAUACUAUGGAUUCUUCGGCAGCAGUGAAAAUUGUUACUGAUUUCAGUGUACAUACAGCUGAGUAGAUGUAUUUCCUGGAUUCGUUAUUAAGACUGCUUAUUUUAAUGAAUGAAGAGUGAAGAACUAAAUCGUAUCUGGCUUUUAUUUGUAAAGGCCUGGAAAAAAAUUGUUGGAAAAUAUCCAAAAUACCAAUGUGCUGGACUGUAAAAAUAGAUCAGAUUUUUUUCUUCAUAAGGGGCCAGGAGGGAGGUUGUUCAGAAGAGACAUAGAAGGAAAAGUUAGUGUUGUCUGUGUUUUUUGGGUGGGUGGGUAUGAUCUGUUGAUUAUCAUAAGCACUUCACUCUGAAUGUCUUCUUUCAGUGUUGUAAUUACUUUUUAAUAGGAAAACAUUGUUUCACAUAGUAUAGGUGACAGUGUACUAUUCUACUGAAACAGUUUGUUGAGAAGCAGCAUUCAUUACUGAGAACGGAGGAAGGUUGGCAGAAUAUAUGAUAGUGUUGAAGAGCUGUCUGAGUGUCGGGCUUUUACUUGCAAACUGAUGCAAACUUCAUGUAUUUGGCAUAUUUAUUUUAAAGUUUGCCAUUAGGAAAUAAAGGUGUAUGAAACUACAUACUUGGUUAAUUUCAUUUUUAAACAAUAAAGAUAGGCUUACUCAGUGCUAUUUUUCUAGAAAAAGAGGUGCUGGAACUCACCAUGAACACCUCCCAUGUUCUCUUAUAAGGCAGUGCCGCCUAUCUGAGAGGUGCCGGAACUGAGUUCCAGUGAGUUCCAGGUGAAAAAAAGCCCUGGGUUUACUCCUGUUUGCCAUUAAAACAGCACAAAGUGCCACGACUCAGCCAGUGCAGCUUGUGACAUGUUAGAAUUUCAAGUGGACAGAAGUCUCCAGUCUUAAGAUAGACUGGUGUCAUCUUUAUGUCUUCUACAGCACAGAACCAAGGCUUGGUGGCAAUAAAAUUGGAGUAGAACUGGGGAUUAUUUGCAUAUGCAGCACAUACAAGAUAAAAAUUACUGAACUCACCCGUGUUGCUGUAUGCCUAUGUGUUUGUUAGAUUCAUUGAUCACUUUGUCCCAAAGGAUAGUCAAGUAACAAUCUGAAAGUAUAUUAAAUCCCUUAAAAACAACAGUUUUGUAUUUUUAUGUUGGAUUAUAUAUAGUUGGUUGUUGUGUGCCAUAUACAUAAAAGUUAUAAAUAAUCAAUUUUCUACCUACAAGUAGCCCUCAAAGUGGCAUACAGUCUAUGCUAAAAGUAUAAUGUAUAACAAUAAACAGUACAAACUAUUUUAAAUCCCUGUGCUGGCUGCAGUCCGCUUUCUGAUGCUGUGUAAAUGUAUCUUGAAAGCCUUUCCCCUACACCCUGUAUCUCUCUGUUCUUGCAUUCUAAGAAAUCCAUGCUUGUGACCCUUGGUUAUCCAAAGGUAUUCUGGCUGCAUCCCAAAAAACAUGAUGCCCACUCUUACUUCCUUUCUUAUGUCUGAAGCUACCUCCCAGAUGUCAUCCACAAGUCCCCUUCUUCCAUCAAAUCCCUCAUGAAAACCCACCUUUUCCAUGAAGCCUUUGGAAGAACUCUGUAGAAUUUAGAUACAGUAUAGAAUCUGUGAACCUCUUUCUGGACUUCCAUCAGGAUACUGCAACUGUUGCAUCCCAUUUCACCCACCUUUAGGAUUAAGAUUCUAACUUUUCUUCUUCAAUUUUCCACCUACACAUUGAAAAAGAUUGUCCUAAUAUGGAUAAAUUAUUUUGUGAAGAAGGAAGAUAGUUUUAUAUAUUGUGUAGUAGAUAUAUUUUGGUUUUCGUCAAAGAACAAAAAGGUUGUUAAUGACAAUGCAAACAGAUCAGUGGCAUUUAUAAUAGCUGAAGAGGUUUGUUCUUUUCUUUCAAGCCUUAGAGGAAGUUAGGAGGGAAAGGUUCCAACUCCAGGGAGUUGGUAUUUGUUGCAAAAGCCUCAACUGAAACUUAUCUAAAUGGAGUGUCAAGUGAAAUGAGACAAUUACCAGUUGUCUGUUUUAUCCAAAGGAAUUAUCAGCGGGAAAGAAACAGCUAUGCAGGCGCUCUUAAUAUUACCUGCAUGAGGUAGCAGAUAGGAUAACAGCUGACAACAGUCUUUGUCUAUAGGAAACUGUAAAAAAGAAAUCUGAUUUUGAUCUUUUAAAAAUUGCCUUUCCUGGUGGAAGUUAUUGUUCAGCUUAUGAAGUGCUAGCUUUGAUGUGAGUAGGAGAUAUAUAGAUAUAGACAAAAAACAUUUAUGAACUGCUUUAGCAGUGUUUCACUAAUCUCAUUCUAGCUAGUGACCUAGAUACUAUUCCAGUAGACUAUCCUCCUAAAACUGCAUUAUUAAAACCUCAGAGUUCAGGUUACAGGUUUGUGGUAGUGUUUCUGAUACAUAUGAAAUCAAAGUAGAAUGAACUCUCACUUGUUCUUGUUAAGUAUCAUGCAUACUUUUUAAAUGUGUCUGUAGAUAUCAAUGAUUAAACUUCCAGCUGCUCUUUUUCUGUUCAGAGAAACUAGACACAUUCCUUCUACAGAUUUCGAAAUAUGAGAAUAGACUUCUGACAAAGACUUCUUCAUGUUGUUUUUGAAUGAGAAAAUGAGAUUUUUCUGUUGUAAUGGAAUCUGCAAACUCUUGAGUGCACAAAAUCCUUUAAAAAUGGUUUAUGUAUUUACACAAGGCCAAAUAUCAGAGCAAAGGAAAAUAAUGACACAAUAAAUAAUUAAGUGUAUUAAAUGGAUUAAGUCAUUAUCAAUUAAAACAGUCAAGUGAUAAGCCAGUUAAAACCAUCUCUUAUUACUUAUGUGUAAUAGAAAAUCUUCAUGACUAUGCAUGCAAACGUUGAUCCAAUGAAAUAUUACAUUAAUUUUGCAAACUUUAGAAACAAAUAGAAAACUAACAAGAAUCUUGUUUUCAUUAACUAGUUACCAAGUUAACAACUAUGCAGCAUGUUGUAGUUAGUGAGAGAUUAGGAAACCUUUUAGUAAAAUUAACACAUGUGGCUACAGAAGGGAUGAUUAUACCUAUACCUGAUUAUUAUCCUUGCAGUUCAGACAGAUCAUUAGAGGUGUGGAACAGUUUUAAAUUUAGCAUUCUGCUUGUUAGGGUAAAUAGUAAAGAAAAAAGAAAAAGAAAAAAAAGAGAGAAAUUCUGAUACUUUAAUGUUUUAAUGUUACAGUAGCUAUAUGCACCUCCAUAUGAUUUUGAUUUAUAAAGCACUUCAUAGUUUUUAGUGCAAGGGUGGGGAGCCUUCUUUCCAUUGUGAUCUGCAUUCUGUUAGGGUAUGGUUACCAGAUUUUUUCAAUGAAUCCGGGGACCCUUUUUUUCUUCUUUUUGGCUGAGUAGCAACAGGGAGUCAGUAGUGGGGAUGGUGAGGCAAAAGACCCUGGGCCCAAGCACACAUGCAUGUUGUAUAAAGGUGCAAAGCCCUUCUUUCGCAACCUGUGAAACAUAAAUGCUCAGAGUUUUUAAAAAAGAAACUGGGAAAUGGCGCACCAUCCGCCAGUGACUCCUGAGCCUUUCCCGAUCUCCUUCCCCCUUUGUUUUGACAGAUCAGCUGCUCGCUGCCAUGGCGCAGGAAAAAUGGCGGGCGCCAGGGCAGCGAGCAGCUCCUGAAGCCAGCCAGAGCCAACUGCGCUAACAGGCUGGCUUUGGGCUGCUGAGGCUGCCGCUGCCACAUUUCCCAGGGACAGAUUUGCAAAUCUUGGGACAUUCCGGGGAUGGAAUUUGUCCGGGGACAGAUCUGCAAAUCUGGGGAUGUCUGGUAACCCUAUGUUAGGAGUAAUCUGUUGGGGACUACAUCCCUAUCCAUUUACUGGGCCACUGGGGAAAGUAUGGAUGACUCUUUCCAGAGGUUUGAACCAGUUGCUUGUAGAGGGCUCUUCCUUCUCCAUCCAUUUUGACCUUGUUUUCCUAUCUUGCCCUCUUCUCUCCCGCCAAGCUCUCCCCACCUGUGUAAAAUAAGGCCAAGGGCUUCAGGUCCCCCACCUUUGUGUUAAUACAUCUCUAUAGUGGACCACCCCCCUUUCUUAGUUGUGGAAUGCUGUGUAAUCUUUAGUACUGAAAGCUUAGGCAAAUAUUCGCAGUGAAGCUGUAAAAUAAUAUUUACUGGACUGUUUUGGUUUUAAAGUCAGUAGUGUGAUGUGGCUUUCACCUCUCACAUGGUGGGAGUAUUUUUUCAGGUGACCUUCUAGGAAGAUCACAGGUCAUAGAAUUUGUUUUAGAAAAGGCUUCCCAUCCUCCAUGUUUGUGAAAAGUGGACUACAGUGGUACCUCCGGUUACGAACUUAAUUCGUCCCAGAGGUCUGUUCUUAAGCCGAAACCAUUCAUAACCCGAGGCACACUUUCGCUAAUGGUGCCUCCCACUGCCGGGGCAAAGUUCGCAACCGGGAGCAUCUACUUCCAGGUUAGCAGAGUCGUAACCCGAAGUGUUCGCAAGGAGGACGGUACGUAACACGAGGUUCCACUGUAAUCAGAAAUUUGUGUGUACAAAAUUUCAAAAGUAUUAUCAAAUGGUUGAUUAAUAAGUGAGCAAAUUAUAGCUCUACCAGGGCAAUUUGCAACAGAUUGUUGCAGUGCAGAGUUUUCCUAUUCAUUAUGGCAGCUUGUAUUCCAUGUCCUUUCCCUACUCCUAUUGUCUGCCUUGCUGUACUCAAACCUUUGCCACUUUCCCUUUCUGUGUUCCUCUAUCCAUACUUUACUCAAUGCUGUACCAUUUUUUUUAAAAAAAUCCUUUCAGUGUCUUUCCACUUCUGCUUUACCCUGCCACUGUUUGAAACAGCCACUUUCUCCCUUCUUGCUAUACUCAAACUUCUCCCUCCUCCAUUCCUCAGUUGCUUCAUGUGAGUGAGUUAAAGGAUUUGGAGCCCUCAGAUAUUCCAUAGGACCUUCACACAUGUAUUUCACUUCUGGUAACAUGCAUUGCCUUAAGCAUGGAAGUUCCAGAUUGAAUGUAGUAAUUUAAAAUACAUAAUUCUUUCACAAGCAUGCACCCAUAUGUGUACAUCACAGGAUAUGGAGCCCUCAAACCUUCCAUAGUAGUUUAUUUAAACUUCUGCCAUUGUUUAAAAUUGCCAGUUUCCUCUCAUUUCCCUCCAUUCCUGCUUUACUCAAACUUUUGUUUUCAACCAUCUCUCUCCCCCCCCCCCCGUUUCUAGUCUUGUUUCCAUGCUAUGGCCACUGUUGUUGUGCAACCUUCCUUCACUUCUGUUCCCCUAUCUUGCUCGGACUUCAUGCAAAUCCAGGAUUGUAAUGCAGCACUACAAAUCCUGCAAUGGUGGCUGCACUAUGACAUACUUAAUUUUUAUUAUAGAGAGAGAUGGAGGAAUGCACAGAUUUGAUGAAGUGUCACCUGCCUUCACCAGGAAGAAAUGGGCUGCUGCAAACACAGCUUAAAUAUGUAUUUAACCCUGCCUCAUUUCCAUUUCCUGCAUCUUCUAGUGCUCAAGAGCCUCUGCAUUUGGAAACGCCUCAUGUCUUACAAAACACAUUUUUAGUUUGUGAAUCCUUCAGGAUUAUUGUUUGCAUUAAUUGUUACUUUGUUACUCGUUUUUGAUGAAACGAUUAAGCAAACCAGAUAUAAAUAUUUAUACUGUCUACAUGCUGCUGUAUAUACCCAUAAAAUAACAUUGAGAAAAUGCCUUCUUUCAUUUCAGGGUGAAAAUAGGGACUAUGAAAAAUUCAAUUGCACAUUUUUAUUCUAUCCAUGCAGUUUGCCAUUAGUCUUCUGGGGUACUCUAAAAAUUGAUGAAAAUGAUUGCAACUAUUAGAUGAAUUGUUCUCAUUGCAAAAAAACCCCAAACUAGUGCAUAAUACCAGUUUCAGAAUUAUUAAUCAGAGCUGAAAGCUUUUAAAAGAAAAAAUUCAAAGCAAGACUAUGGGUGUAGACCACUCUGCAGACUCCUUCCCCAUGCAUAUCCAAAAUGUUCUCAGAGCAGAUUGCGGAAGGCUGCAAGAGGAAAGAAAGAAAGGUAAUGUCCAUUGUACAAGUACAUAGGCAGUGUUGUAUGUGACACUAAUAAUUCAGGCUGCAAUCCUGACCCUACUUACCUGGAAUUAAGCCCCAUUUAAUUCAGCAGGAUUUACUUAUGGGUAGAUGUGGUUUGGAUUGCACUGUUAUGUUUUAUGAACAUAAAAAAAGUUCACAGUGGGUUUUUUUCCUUUUUCUUUUUUAAUAUGCUUUUUAUUAGUUUUCUUACUUAACAAACACACACACACAAAAACAAAAACGAUAUAAUAACAAAAACAAAACAAAAUACCAUACAUGCAUCCAUAAAUCCAUACGUUCUUACAAAAGAACUUAUGCCACCAUGUUCUUAAUUCCAAACUCCUUAUCUUACCCAAUAGACCUCCAUCUUCCUCAAAGCGGGUCUGUCUUAUCUGUUUAAUAAACUGCUUCUUUAAUCAUUUCAUCAUUUCUUCUGUUAUCUGAAUACUAUACUUAUAAUCCAUAUUGUGGUUUGUGAAAAUUAAUCAAAGCAUGUCCAGGUUUUAACUUGAAGGCACUGUUUUUUUUAAAUAUUCUUUAUAAAUUUCCCACUCCUUUUUGAACUUUUGGUUUGGCUAUCUCCUAAUUGUCUCCAUCAUUUUUGCCAGUUUGAGAUAUUCAACAAAUUUAUGCUGCCAUUCCUCUUUUGUUUGUACUACUUCUCCUUUCCAAUUUCUGGCAAUUAAUAUUCUUGCUGCUGUUGUAGCAUAUAAAAAUAUUCUCUUUUUUCAUUUGAAAUAUCUGAAUGUAAAAUGCCUAAGAGGGAGGCCUCUGGUUUCUUUAUGAAAGUUUGCUUAAACAUUUUUUUCAAUUCCUCAUAUAUAAUAUCUCAAAAAUUCUUUUUUGUUUUUUGCAACCACAACUGGAUUUUUUCUUUUGGUGGUUUCUGUGACUUUUUAUUGCCUUUCAGGGUUACUGUGAAAGUUGAGAUUCUUAGUAUAUGUGUCAAGGCAACACACCAGUCACUCUGGAGCAAGAAAAAAUGAUAUUUGCUAAACAAAAAUAGAAGAGCUGCUGUAGAAUUGAACUUUUGUCUUAACCGAACAUGGAAUGUAGUACUAUCCAUUUUUUAGUUGGAAGUCCAAAUCCAUUUUAUUUCAGUUGGAUUUGCUUCUCUAGUAAGUGUACAGCUGUAAUCUUUUAUUUAUCCUUUCUGUUUUUGUGUAGUUUGGCUUGUUUCUGGAUUUUCCAGAAGGAGAUUAUUUUUAUGCUUGCUGUAGAAAUGCAUAGAAAGCCUUUUUUGGUUUUCUUCGUAUGUAAGAUCUAGCUCCUUAGCUGAUUUUGUUUAAUCUCUGCCAUCUCUCAUAGCCUGAAUUAUGUGCUUCUUUUUAUAUAGAGGGAUGAAACUAAGGAUGUUGGGUAAAUAAGAAUCAAUGUGCUUAUUCCACAUUCAGUGGACAAUAGUAUAUAAAUUAUCCAUUGCAGUCUGCAUUGUGCUGUUGAUGGAUUGUACACUGGGUGUGCAACUGAACAGAGUGAUCUAUGUUGUGAAGUAUAUUGCCAUUGGUACAACUUUAGUCUUGGCAUUAGUUCUUCCUGAAUAUUGAUGAAAUUCAGGCAUAACUAGGCACUUGCCUGAUUGUGUGUGACAAACAGAAAUAGUGAUCAGGCAAAAGCCAAAAGAAAAAUAGUUUGCUGUUUGAUAAAGUGUGUGGCAUCAUCAAAAGGGCCUCCUUAACAGACUGUAGGAAUCGGAUAGGUGUGUAGAUGGACAGAUGGUCUUUUAGGUAAGCUGGUCCUGUAUAAUUUUAGUAUUAUGCACAUAUUUCAGCAUAUUGACCAUGUCAGCAAAUCUUCACAGGGAUCUCAAGACACAUGCAGAACAGAACUCAGGACAUAGACUACAGUUGAAGUUGUUGGGUUGAAAUAAACGACAGACGGAUGGCAGGGUGUCAUACGGGAGGCAUCUACCGAGCACGUCUCGGCGAGUCUCUUUUAUUGAAUAUUACAGCAUUGCCACAUAUGUGCUUGUUGCUGAUUGGUUAACAUGAAUACAAUGCAAAGGUUGAAUAUAGGCAUUAAUCAUCAAUAGAUUAUAGAUUUUAUAUGUAUAAAAUAUAUAUAUUGAGGCUGCAGGAUUUAACAUACCAUCAAAUAAUUUACAAAACUCAGGCAACAGAGUAGAAAGUAUGAGAGGUAGGGACACAGAACAUAGGACAGCAAGCACAUAGUAGAUGAAGCAUCAGAGGGCAACAUGAAAGAAACACUGAGGAGACAGGGACCAGAGGGCAAUACAGUGGUGCCCCGCAAGACGAAUGCCUCGCAAGACGGAAAACCCGCUAGACGAAAGGGUUUUCCGUUUUGGAGGUGCUUCGCAAAACGAAUUUCCUAUGUGCUUGCUUCGCAAGACGAAAAUGUCUUGCGAGUUCCUGCGGGGUUUUUUUCCCUCCCCCCCCCCCCUUUUCCCAAGCCGCUAAACCGCUUAUCAGCUGAUCGGCUAAGCCGCUUAACAGCUGAUCGCUAAGCCGCUUAUCAGCUCAUCGUUAAGCCGCUUAUCAGCUCAUCGUUAAGCCGCUUAACAGCUGAUCGCUAAGCCGCUUAUCAGCUGAUCCGCUAAGCCCGCUAAGCCGCUAAUACUGUAGCGCUAAUCCGCUAAACCGCUAAUGGGCUUGCUUCGCAAGACGAAAAAACCCGCAAGACGAAGAGACUCGCGGAACGGAUUCUUUUCAUCUUGCAAGGCACCACUGUACAUUUUACACAUGAAACUUUCUACUAUCUGUUGAGAUUGGUUUUUAGCAAAUUCAGUGCUGUGCACAUUUGCUUGGACUAUUAUUUGGUCCAGCACUGGGAAAGCCCCACCUGCUUACACGGUUCAGAUACAUUAUUUUUCUUUCUACACCUCCACUGCUGAGCUGCUGCCCCAAAUUCCCAAAAUAGGAAUCUGAAAGUGAGAGAGAGAUUGGAAAUGCCCAAGCAGGCAUCAAAGACAUAAAGGUGGGAUAUUUAUUUCAAAGUUUGUGAAAGCAGUUCCACAUGCAUACACAACUUGCAGGUUUACUGCUUCACAGCACACACAUGCACAUCUAUGCAUGUGUAAAAUGAGCAGUGUUUAAUAAUAACAAUGGGAAGAGAGGCUUUAGGCACUGAGGCAGAAUAAUCUGUCUACUGGUUGACCUUGAUUGACCCAUCCUUGAUUUAUACAAAGUUACACAGGAAGCUGCCACUAUACCAGGAAAAUUUGCUCUUAGAUUAGCUUCACAUUGUUCCUGCUAGAAAGCAUUUUCAGUUUUGUAGUAAUAUCUUUUUUGGUGGAAAGCUUUUAUAAAUAUAGAAAAUGGUUACUCAGAGUUUCAAGCUAUUAACUAUGCUAUUUGAACUUAUGAGGUAGCCAUAUACUGAAAUAGAUCAUGCUGUCUAAGAUUUUUAUAUAUAUAGGAACUGGGAUUUUGUCCAUGAAAAGUAUAUGCUUUAUGAUGAAGUCAGUGGCACCAACUUGAAUAAAAUAUUUGGGGAGCCUGCCCCCCGCUGGAAGAUUGCAGGAAGGAUGGACAGAGGGAGGGCACCCUGGGAGACAGGUGUGUGAUUGGGUGCCUUAUCUGUGCAUUCAUGUGUGAAGAUGAAGGCUGAGGUGGCUCAACACAGUCAGUUUUGGGAGUCCCCAGCCUGCCAAAACAUUUGCGGGAGUGAAGGGGUCUGAACCGCUUUGAGUUGGCUCCUAUGGUGGUUGCUCCUUUUGUGGUUGCAUCCAGAUAUAGUUCCUACAUAGAUAGAUAUCUAAUCCCACUAGAGAAUACAUUCCUCAUUCAGAUCCUGUUUUUCAGAUGUUCAGUAAUGUAUAAGAAUAGACAAAUAGUAGACAAAGCCUUUGUUGGCACUCCACCACCAGUAAAAGUUAAUUUAGCUUAUUAAUGUGAAUGUAAUUGAAAUAGUUGUCUAAACAGCAGUUUUGCUCAUCUCAAGCAGUUCUCUCACAUGCUUCUGCUUUGUCAGUGCAGAAUUCCUAAUGACUGUGUCUAUCCGGAAUAACACAUGAAGUGUUGUUUCCAUUAUCGCUCAGGAAAUUGAGAUUGUUGUGUGGAAACAUGAGACUUGGAAUGUUUAUUUCUUCUGUUGUGGUUAUAACACCGUUUCUGGAAAUAUCAUUAAAGGCUGGUCCAUGCAUUCAUAUAUCUCACUAGAUAUUUCAGCUGAUUUGGCUUAAUUUAAGUGUCUGUUCUGAGGUGAUACAAAACUUCUGCCUGUGGUGUGUGUUCUGUGAUGGCAGUUUUGUACAUACAAGUCACUUUUAAAAAAAUGAAACUAAAUAGAUUUUAUUUCAGUUAAACAUGCUAGCAUCUUAGGACAACCAAGGUAAAUAGAACAGUCCCAACAGAUAACUAGCCCAGUAAUCCAAUCAGCUGAACACAAUACAAUGUAUUAAUGACAGUAGAAAGGUACCAUGACACAUACUUUUGAAACAGUCUCAGCCAGCUACCAUGCACAGUCUUAUGUACAAAGAGAGAAAACCAGUUCUGCCUUAGAUCUCAAUGGAUGCAUGCAGAGCAAAUUGACUGCUGUUUGAUCAAAACUGACCAAAGCAUGACACACUGUAGUAAAUGUGCUUGCAAUAUGUUGCAAUCUCAACUAGAAACCACAAAAGAAUAUUGCUUAUAUGUUGUACAUACAAGUCAUAAAUUGAUUGUGUAGUUGUUCACCCUUAUGCAGCUCUCUAAUUAUGUGCAAUUACUUAUGUGAAGAACUAGUAGCCUCAGAGGGGAUUGAAGAUUGACAUCUGCAUCAAAAUAUUUUUAUUUUAUUUUAUUGGUUUAUUGCAAGGAGCUGAAGAUGCUGCACAUAUUUCCCCCAUCUCAAUUAAUCCCUACAACAACCUUGUGAGGUAGCGGUAGGUUAGGCUGAGAGAUGGUGGCUGGCCUAAAGUCACCCAGUGAGCUUCAUGGCUGAGUGGGGAUUUGAAUCCUGGUGUCCCAACGCUCUUAAUAAUUUAUCCAGCACUUACAUUUUUAUGUCCCCUAACUGAGCUAUGGAAAUUAUAUUUAAUAUAAUUUUAAAUUUCAUUAAAAAUUAGUAUCUUUGUCUCUGCCAAUCAAACAACAUGGAAUUUACCUUCCAUCUAAUAGAAAAACACUAUUUUGUUCAGGAACUACCAGAACUUGCUGAAGGAAGUUCUGGAUACUUACAUCAUAUGGAAGUAUAGAACUAGAAUGGGAGCUUCUGACCCACCAGGCAAACCUGGUCCACCAGGCCUUCCCACUUGGCCUGCAAAGCCAUUUUGGGGAAACCAUGUCCCUGCCCCCCACCCUACACCUGAUGUCAUACAUUUAGUCACGUGUGGGGCAGGUAAGGGUGGGGUUUCAAAAGAGCAAUCAGGAACUUAAAGUGGGCUCCAGUUUGCUAGAACAAGGUGUGCUUCCUGCCAGAGGAGUGCAAAUUGCUCAAAGAGGGAGAAGCAGCUUCUGUUUGAUGGAAACCAUUUUCCCCUCCCAACAGUGCUCUUUGAAGGUCCAUGUGCAGGCCACUUCAAGCAGCAGCAUGGGAGGGGUAUGAAAGGGAGAAUUCUUUUUUUUCCUUCAGUCCCCUUUCCUGCUGGGGGAGGUAAGAGAAGAAAGCCUUCCUUUUAAAAUGCUGACUUUUUUCAGAGUUCCCUUAGCAAAAUGGAGUUCUGAACAAAGCAUACUCCCAACUGCUCAUCAACUGAUGGGCAAUAGCAUCAUACUUUGCUCAGUGAAAGAAAAGCAGAAACCACCUCUUCCUUCCAGCACUGUUCUUUGCAGUGCCAAUCUGCGGGAGGCAGUGGCAGACAGGAGUGCCUGGCGUGCUCUGGUCCAUGGGGUCACAAAGAGUCGGACAUGACUAAAUGACUAAACAACAACAUGGGAAUGAAGGGGGGAAUCCCUGAAUUAAUACUGUAAUUGCAUUCUCUCCUGUAAGUUGUACAGGUGUGUUUCUUCUUAAAAUCUUGUUAGUAUGCAUUAUUUUUGGAAGUGAAAAAAUUAUUGCUUUCCUAAGUCAUUAAAUAUUGAAUUCACUGAUCUUUCCAACCAGAAUAAUUUAUGGUGUAUACAGAGUGUUCUAAUAGUUUCAGGCACUAACCAUAUAUUCCCAUUCUUUUUAAUGCUUUCCAAUCUGUGGGUGAUAUAUUGACAAUCCUUUUCUGCUAUUGCUGUAUUUCCGUUCCUCAGAAAGUCUCCUAAGGUAAGUGACUGAUCUUUUAAAAUACUGUUCCCUAUCAAAAUAAAGAUAAUUUGCUCGCAAUAUCUAGCAUGCUUUUCCACAUUCAGUUCAAUAGCUUUGCUUUCUAAUGGGAUUUAGAACCUGCAUUAUUUCUGUCUAAUUUUGUUCUACAACCUGGUGCAGAGAGAGAAAGUUUGGAAGUUGCCAGCUCUGGACUGUCUUUGUAAUAUGAAUUUGAUACAUUCAAGUGUGAAUUUUUGACAGUCACAUAAGACUGAGGUGCAUGUUAAGCAGACCUGCUUUGCCAGGCAUACAUACAGAAUUAUAUGCAUUUUACUGAGGGUCAUUUCAUAUUUCAUUGACACAGUGGUAACAUACAUGUGGUGUUGAUCUGGGACCCAAGGUUGCAUGUGUAGGAAGUAGUGUCUCAAAUGUAUGAAACUAUCACCUUAGUGUGAUGUUGAAUUCCAUCCCAGAUUGCCAUCUUCCACUAGGAAGUGUCAGGUUCACAUAAUCUUAGUGUCAAGGCUGCCUCAAGUCUUAGCUCACAAAAGACCAACGCCUCUGUCUUCUUAUAUACAAAAGUGUUUAUUGCAGUUCAUGGUUUGCUUGACAUCCUAGGCGCGCAGCCUUACGUCUUUUACGCUAGACCGCCGAAGUCCCCUCUGAGUCAGUUCCUCCCCUGCACCAAUUUAAGAGACUUGCGCUGCUCCACCUCUUUCUCUCCUUCCUUUUCCGCAGGGUCCUUCUGCCCACUGGGGUUUCGCCCCUCCUGGAUUCCUCUGAUGCGGAAUCCCCAGACUGCUCUUCCCCCCCUCCUGCGGGCUUUGGGACCUGGCCCCUCCUCCGGGCUCCCUGCACUUCCGCGCGCCUCUACAUUUGAACUAGGCGCGCGCGCCAAACCUCUAACUUUCCUUUUGACAGUUACACUACUCCCUUCACUGCUCCCCUCCUCUUCCGGGAGGGCGGCUUGCUCUGACCCCCUCCUUUCUCUGCUGCUGGAGCUGCUUCCUCUGACACACUGGAAACUCCACCCCUUCGCUGCACUCUGGUGGGGAGGCUGGUCCUGACGCCCAGCUGCCACUUUGGGAUCUUCCGCUAGCACCCUGCUCCUGACACUUCCCCUGGGGCUCCUGGCCUUGACCACCGGCGCCCCUUCUGGGAAUCCUCUGAUUCGCUGGAAAGACUCAUGGAAUCUCUUGAGUCAUUGUCAUCCUCUUCCUCGCUGGCUUGGAAUUCCUCCCCCUCGCUCUCCAUCUCCUGCCUACCCUGUGCCUCUCUCCCUGAACCCCUGACACUUAGUAACUACCGUAUUUUUCCAUGUAUAAGACGUCCCCUGUUUUUGAGGACUCAAAAUUAAGAAAACAGCCCUCAGCAUUACCCGUGUAUAAAAUGAGCUCCAAUUUCAAACCUAAUUUUUUGGUAAAAAAACCCUAGUCUUAUACACGGAAAAAUACGGUAUGUCCACGUCCUCCUCUAUGUAAGAAUGGUAGUUGAGGGUCAAACACAAUAUAUAGGAUAUCCAUGAUCAGAUCUCCCAACACUGUUUUUUAAAUAGCUUUAAAGUGGAUUGCCUAUUUUUAUUGGCGCAUGAGUUUAGGAAGAAGGAAUUUUUAACCCUUCUCUUUGCACAGUUUUCAAAACCUAAAAUGGUCUUGCUAGAAGAGAAAUAUAUAGAUACCUGUAUGUUUCCUCUAGUAGGGCUAAUAGCAGCUUGGGGGAAUUUAGUUUAGAAAAUACUGCAGAGGAAUAAACACUAUUUUCCUAGAGCCAGUACUCAGAUAAAAAUUGGAGCCCAUCAAAGCUGCAUUUAAGAAAAUGUUUGUGUGUUUUUAAAAAAGUGGUAGUCAGGAGAGCUAAUGUCCAAUUUCCUGCAUUAUGUCUGGCUCUGAUACAUUUUCAGCCAGAAAAGAUGGGAAAUAGGUUAGACCUUUAGACAAUAAACACCUGAACCUCACAACUGACAUGAAUUUUGAGUAAUUUUAUCCACUUAAUGUAUUUAAAGAGUGUGCAUACAGAGAAUGAUAUGGCAAGAAGCACUUUAAAAAUGUUUAUUAAAUAUGUACAAAAUACAGUGGUACCUCGGGUUACAGGCGCUUCAGGUUACAGGCGCUUCAGGUUACAGAUUCGGCUAUCCCAGAAAUAGUACCUUGGGUUAAGAACUUUGCUUCAGGAUGAGAACAGAAAUCGUAUGGCGGCAGUGCAGUGGCAGCGGGAGGCCCCAUUAGCUAAAGUGGUACCUCAGGUUAAGAAAAGUUUCAGGUUAAGAACGGACCUCCAGAAUGAAUUAAGUUCUUAACCCGAGGCACCACUGUGGUAAUAAUAUAAUGAGCACAGCUGUCAGAAUUCUGAUGAUAAGAGAUAUAUAAUUGCAUGCUUUAGUUUGUUGCAACCUUCCCCAACCCAGUGCCCUCCAGGUACUUUGGACUGCAACUACCAUACGCCCCAGCCCACAUGGUCAAUGAUCAGAGGCUAUGGGAGUGGUCCACAAUGGCUCAGUUCAUAUGUCAUGGCAUGCCACAAUUAACUGUGGAUUACUUUUACUACUGCUGCUGAUGGUCACUUUCCAAGCCCACUAACAAGUUGUUAGUUAGUACCUCAUAUAAGAAGAAGCUAACUGCAAAUAAUCAGAAAGAUGUGGGAUUUUUAAAAAAGACGUUUGAAUAUAAAUGGUUUCUUUUGCAAAUUGUGAAUGUUGCAUUUGCUAUUCAAAAUGGUGUGAGUUUUCAUAGUUUUUGGAAGUUUUUAAUUUACUUUUUUCUAUUCGUAUGCAGGUGUUUGCCUUUGAUUACUGCUUCUGGUCUAUGGAUGAAUCAAAUACUGCAAAAUAUGCAGGUAUGAUUUGUAAUUACUACAAGGCUUGACUGAUGAUUUAUAAAAUUCUACUUCCCUCCCCAUAUUUAAUGGAACCCAUAUUUUCCUGCUUUCUCUGUUUACAAAGUUAUUAAUUUUAUUGAGUUCUAAGUCCAUUGUGAUUUGGUUAUGUACUUGACAGAAAAUCCAUGGUUUUUGUUAGUGUUUUAGAACCUGUAGAUUAGGGUUGAUUAGUGCAACCUGGGUUGAUUAGUGCAUGUCUGAGUAUUCUUUCAAUGCGACACACCCUGUCCUUUCCUUGUAGUCAUCUUAAUUUUCUAAUUAUAUUUAUUCUAUUUGGUUUACCCACACUGAACUCAUGACUUUAGACAAUAAAGAAACAGCAGGAUGAAGCAACACUGAAGCCAUCCAGAUUGUGUUUGCUUCUACAUUUCCUUCUCAAUAGGACUGGGAAGGGAAAACUGACUAUUGUAGCAGAAAUAUUCAUUUAAAAUACAUCAAAGUUUCUGUUAAAAGCAGAUUACUUGAAAAAUUAAUUGGAUGGUAGAAAUACUGCAUCUGAAAUGCUUACUUCAAAGUGCUGACAAUACCUUUUUUUAGAAGCUGGCACUUUCUCCUUUAUUUCUUUAGACCCAUAUUUCAAAGCUAUCUUUCUCUUGUUGCUAGUUUUUGGAGGGAAAUCAAUUUUAGUUUUGUUAUAUAAUAAAAUGGUUUGGGCCUUGUAGUUUUUAUGUUUCAUGAAUGCACAAAUUAGUGCUGUUCAUUCACAAUGUUUAAAAAGAGUUUUAAGGAGACACAUUAGUAGCAUUAUUUAAUUUAAAAACAUAAUCCACUUUCUGUAUGCAUGUGAGAAAGAAAAUACUGGUUUAGACAGAGGGACAGUUAUCAAAACAGCACAAUUUUAUAUAUGUCAUAAGACUCACAAGUGGAACAAUAUUUUAGAAGCAGCUGUUCUGGCAGUGCUACAACAGAAUAAGGACAACCCAAUGCUGUCAAGCUCUCUUGAGACAAUACUGAUAAAAAUAGAGGGUUCGAUCCAGACUUUGAUGGUAAUCAGAAGCUUAUUUGUGGGGGAGUAAGUAUCAUUGAAUUUGGCAGCACUGAAUAAAGAUGGCCAGGGUUGCACUGUAAAUCAUGCUUAGAGUAGACAUAUUAACAUCAAUACUCAUCAUUACUAACUUUAGGUCCGUUGAAAUCAGUGGGACUUUUCUAAGCAUGACUUGUAUCUGGAUCCUAUCAAGUGAUUGCAACCUAUGUGAUUGGUACCAGUACACAUAUAUCCAAUACUCAACCAAAUGAUGAAUUUUAUGCCAGUGUGGAUGCAAUGGCUUCUAUCCAAUGCAGCACUAAGUAAGUGGUUUGCCGGUGCAAGGAUUUGUGGUUGUACAGCAGGACUUCCCCUCCCUCUCCUCCCCCAAUAUACCCCUUAAAUCUCUUCUGGGGCUUCAGCCCUUGGAGCAGACUUGGGGAGGAUGUGGGGUGUGCAUGGGGUAGGAGAAAGGGAAAGUCUCGUUGUGCAAGUGGGAAUUCUUGCACCGAUGAAACACUUAGUGAUGCAUUGGAUACAAGCCAAAAAUUGCGUAUCAAGUUGAUACAUUUGAUAUGGUUAGAAAAUCAUUGCGUUAAAAACUAGAUAUGGAUUUAGAUGUCAUAUUUAAGCAAUCUAAGCAAAGUUUUUCACAACUGCUUUAUUAUUCACUUUUUUAAUUGCUUGUGGUGAUAAAACUUAGUUUAUUUAAUUUUGAGGCUUUGGUUUCUCAAUUGUGUAUUAAAUUUUGUAGGUCAACAAGUCGUGUUCAAGUGCCUUGGUGAAGGGAUUCUUGAGAAGGCCUUUCAGGGGUAUAAUGCUUGCAUUUUUGCCUAUGGACAAACAGGUGAGAGGUUUUUACAAGUGGGGAUUUUUUAUUGUGCCUGGAGUGCCACUUAACUAAUGCAUUUCUUCAGCCCGAACCUCUCCUUGAGUGCAGUGUUGGACUUCUCCUUUGCCACAUAUAUUUUCUCUCUUGCAUCACAUCCCAGUCACUUCUCUCUUAAUACCUCUUAACUCAAAACCUAAUAGCACUCAUGACUGUCUUCCUAUGUUCAUCUACCUGAACUUAAUAGAGCGUACUCCUGAAUAAAUAUACUCAGGAUCUGGUUGUAGAUCUUUCUGACUUUGAGACAAAUGAUCAGUAAAUAGACAAAGCUUCAGAUCCUUAAUCUGAAAAAAUAAGCCUAAUUUCAUUAAGGAUAAUCUUGAACUGUGGGAUCAGUACUGUUCUAUACAGACAGGUUCUUAAUAACAACAUUGAAAUCUGAGACUAUACAGAUGCCAUCUCAAACCAUUAUGCUUUGGUUGUGUAUGCAUAAUCUAAUGAACUUAGUUCAGAAGAGGAGAGCACCAGUUAUUGUGCUAAGACAGUUGCAUGUUCAUUUUUGUACACUUGCAAAUAGUUCAGAGGAAUUGAGAGCUCUACUUGAAAUAUUCCUCUAAAGACUAUUAAAUAUAGCAAGACAUGCAUUUGAUGAAAAUUCACAAAGUUAAGUCAUGUGCAGACGACAAGGUGCCAGCUUUUUCUUUUACUUGUUUUGCAUAUGCUUUCCACAAAAGAAGCAUCUAUAUAUUUUCACAACAUAUUAAACUAAAUAACUUGACAUUCAUAAGGUGGACAGAUGAGGAUGAGAAAGCAAUCUUUACUGUCAUCAUCAUAUACUAAUAUACUAAUGCCAUUGUGAGUUGUCUUGUGUUUGUAGAGCUAGAGUCAAAAUUGCACCACCUGUGUACAAAAGAAGAGGCAUCAGCAUGCUCAGAGUAACCCUGAGGUUUGCAGAUAUGAAAAAAUGGCUUAGGAUAGUCCUGCAGUGUAGUUCAUAUUAUAUGCUGCAGUUCAGCCUCUAAGUAGUUUAUGGUGUUGUCUAGAGCAGUAGUUUCUGAUCUUUUCAGACCUGGGACCCGCCUUUAAUCCAAACAUGCAUUCGAGGACCCAUUUCUUAAUAUUUUGCCAUAAUAUUUUGCUGUGCUGAGAGAGCAGCUUCCAGCAGCCCUUAUACUGCAGGCCAUUGCUAAUUUUGUAGGCCAGAGGUGGGACUUCUUAACCUGCCCCUCACAAACCUCUUCCCAGGUCAAAUCCAGCACUUAGGCCAAACCAAAUACUUAAUUGCAUGGACAACCCUUAAUCGCAUGUUCCAUUGACUUAAAUGCAAACUGCCUUCACUUUUUGUAGGAAAUAAUUUGAAAAUGCAUGUAGAGCUUUUAUAAUACAUGUUUCUUUUCUAUAUUCUGUUUUAGGCUCUGGAAAAUCCUUCUCAAUGAUGGGCAAUGCGGAACAACUGGGUCUGAUCCCACGGCUCUGCUGCGCAUUGUUUCAAAGGAUCACUUCAGAAGAAAAUGAUUCACAUACUUUUAAAGUUGAAGUGUCCUAUAUGGAAAUCUAUAAUGAGAAGGUCAGAGAUUUACUGGACCCUAAAGGGUAAGGAACUUGUUUCCAAUGUUGAUCAACACAACAGGUUAGGAAUGAGAGUAUAUUUUGUGCACUGAGACCCAAACUAUACAUGAUUGCUUUAAAUGUGACUGUGCCUCAAAUGUGUGGGAAGGUUGUGAUUUAAAGGACCGGACGUUGUACUGAAGCCUUUUCUGACAACAGCAUUCCCACUUGCAGCCCUUUUCCUCCAGGAGUUCUCUCCCCACCAACAACCAGGCUCACUUCUGCUAUCUUAGCUCAGUAGAGAUAAAAAUGUUUGGAGGGGUCAGUUUUGGAAUUAAAAGUAGUGAGUGGGGGGAGGAAAGAGGAGAUUCAGCUCCCUUUAUCUGCAUGCUUCAAAUAGCACAUCACCACCCAUCAAGCAGACCCAGUCAGUCCCAUAAGGUUAUCAUCUGUCACUUCCAUGUGUAGUGUGAACUUGUCUGCCCUUACUAGAGAGAGCUAUAUUUACCAAAGUGAAAUGCCAACCAUCUAUGAUUGGUGGUUAUUAAGGAACCUGGUUUUCAGAAUUUACUUCAUGGAGUGUGAACAAAAUGAGCUAUGGGAGUGACUUUUACUGCUCCGUGGCUAUUAUGGUAACUGGGUAUCUGUACAAUAUCAGAAAUGAAUAAGAGGACAUGGUGUGUGUGGGUUGUUUUUUUGGGGGGGGGGGGAGUCUGUCAUUGUCCUGUGUAUUAAAGUUUGGGGCUUAUGAGCUAGAUAAAAUGUGAGUAAGAAGAGACAUAAUAGAGGUAUAUAAAAUUAUGCAUGAUGUGGAAAAUGUGCAUAGAGAAAAGUUUUUCUCCCUUUCUCAUGAUACUAAAGGUUGGCAUCAAAUGAAGCUGAAAGCAAACAAAAUAAAGUAUUUCUUGAACAAACAUACUUUAACUAUGGAAUUCACUUCCACAAGAAGUGUGGGAAUAGUGCAAGACUCAGCGAAUCCAUAUUUUCUGUUAGGGGAGAUUUAAGAAUAUGAUUGUAAUUUAAUAAUAGGUAGGUUUAGAAGUGAUUAUUGAUAUUAUUAUAUUAUUUUAAGGUUCAUAAUAUUAUUAAGUAGUUAUAGUUAUGAAAACUAGUAAAAUUGAUAUAUUAAAUUGCAAUUUAAAUUUCAAAAUUAAUUAUAAAUAGAAAAUUGUUUAAAACAGCAAUAGCACAUUCAGGGGAAAAAAAUCAAACCCAAAACAGAUACCAAUUGGGAUAAAGAUUUAAAGACUUAUUGAAAGAAGAAUGUCUUUAGUAAGCACCAAAAAGGAAAUAGAGAAGACACCUCUCUGGUAUUCAAUGAAAGGAGGUUCCAAAGUGUAGGAGCUGCCUCACCAAAAGUUGAUUCUGACAUCCUGAAAUCAACCUUCUGUUGAUCUUGUAGAUCAUACCUACAAUAUGCCAUCUCCUGAAGAAUGAUUGGUAGGGUAUGUAGGGAAUGAGGUAAUCUUUUAAAUAGCUUGGUCUCAAGAUGUUUGUAUCAGCACCUUCAACCAAGCCCAGUAGCUAAUUGGCAACCAGUGCAAUUCUUUCAGUAGUGCUGCAGUGUGAUGGUGUGUUUCCAUCCCAGUGAGCUCCUAUAUUUUAAACUAACUAUGGCUUCUGGGUCAAGGGCAGCCCCACAUAGAGUGCUUUUCAGUAAUCCAGUCUGGAGUUUAUCAAUGCAUGGAUUAUGUUAGUUGGGCUAUCCUGAUCCAGAAUAGCUGUAGCUGUCUUACCAACUGAAGCUGGUAAAGGGCCUUCCUAGCCAUUUAGGUAAUUUGGACUCUUAGUGACAGAGAUGGGCCCAGGAGCACCCUCAGACUAUGAACUUGUACUUUCAGGGGGAGUAUUACCCCAGCCUUGGAUAAUUGUAUGCCAGUUGUUGGAAAUCACAAGCGGGGAGAGUGCUGUUGAGUUCAGGUUCUGCUUUUGGGUUUCCCAUAGGUUUCUGAUGUGCCACUGUGAGGACAGAUUGCUGGAUUAUAUGGGUCCUACAGCAGGCUGUUUUUAAAUCUUUUCAUGUUGAGGCUAUGAAGGUGAGGGCAAGUUUGAGGUUAAAACAAGUUAUAGGGAGAAAAAUAUCAAAAGUCUUUUUAUAAUGUUCUUAAAAAUUAUUUGAUUAAAUAAUUAUCUUGGUAAUUACCCUUGACAUUUCAAGCAGAUUAGCUUUUUUAGAAGUUGGUUGGUAAAAUUUAGACAGUCCAUUUUUUCUUUCAAAGGAGUCGACAGUCCCUCAAAGUUCGUGAGCACAAAGUUUUGGGCCCAUAUGUAGAUGGUUUGUCUCAACUCGCUGUUACUAGUUUUGAGGUAGGUAAAAGCCAAAUAUCUAAUGAUAUUAAUAGUAUUCCUAGGGUAUGGUGGGGCAGGGAGCUUAUACAGCAGCCAUGGCACACUGCUUCGUUACAGGCUGUGAGCACUGUGAGCUGAGAAAAGAAACACAUGCAUAUACAAUUUAUAUGAUGAAAACAAUUUGUCUUACCCAAAAUAGAAUAAAUACAUAAGUAAAUAUUAAAGAUUGGUUGAAGAAAAAGCACAGGUGGCAUAGAAAUACAUUUUAAAGGAGAGACAUUGUGUAUAUUCGGGGCUGAUGAGUAUUUUAAAGUAAAAAAAGAACUUUCUAAAGAAAUUACAUUAUAUUAAUCAGCUGAAGAUAAAUUAAGGCACCUUCUAUUUUCUAAACUGUUUGUGGGUGGGGUAAGCCUGUGAUUAGGAUGAUGUAAUUGUCUCUGGGCUUUAUAUGGAGAAGGUAGUGAUACUAGGUGAAUCAACUCUUUGAGCUAGUGGAAAUGUUGUGAAUGGAAAGAAUAAAUUCUUUGUUUCAUCCAUUGUUUUCAUUAUGCUUCAGGAUAUUGAAUCAUUGAUGUCAGAGGGAAACAAGUCCCGAACAGUUGCAGCAACCAACAUGAAUGAGGAAAGCAGCCGCUCCCAUGCUGUAUUUAAUAUUAUAGUAACUCAGACCCUUUAUGACCUGCAGUCUGGCGUAAGUGAAUCGAGUUUAAGGGCCUUUGGAAAUUUUAUUGUGUGACUAAUGUGAUUCUAAGUAUGUGAACUUGUAAAUUCCUCCCCGCUGAUUUCAGGGACACCCCAGUCCCAGACACAUGUGUUUUAAAAUAGCGAUGUCAGAUUAACAGUGCAGAAGAAUGUUAAUGGAAAUUUACUGAAAAUGGUUAAGUCCCAAAUUAAAAUCUAUGAUACACAUAGGAGUAGUAUUCCUUAAUCUGAAAUGAGAAGAUAACAUGAUGGUGGAUGAUCUAAGAUGCCAUGCAAAGCAGAUUCCAGCAAAGAGCGCAUGAAAUUUCAAAUGUCAUUUGUAGACACACAUUACUAUUAGACACUGUAUUUGUUAUUCUUCUACAGAUUAUAGAGGUUUGUAAAAAUCCAGUACAGCACUUCCUGUGUUGCUUUGGUUUGAUGUGUCUUCAUGGUAAUGAAGACAUGGGAAUGGGCAGGUACAAACCAGCCACCAGAAACCUUAUGGAAGUAGUUCAUCAAGACAUGACAGUCAAUAUAUAUCAGAUUGCCCCACCUUAUGUAUUGGGGCAGGGAGAGAAAUGUAAUUUGGUCAAUAAAGGUAUUGGAACAGAACACGACCAGAGAUCUGUUGCUUGGUAACCAGAUUUAGGAUUGGUUCCAGCAAGUCAGAAAAUUUAACAUCCUCUAUUAGGGACUGAUAUCGACUGCUACUUGAGGGAUCCUUAGAAGAAGAGUAUGUAAUACAGAACUCUCCAAAUAAAUUUCAUCAGAAUGGACACAUUGAUCAUUUGUGUGGAAGUGUCCUUGUGAAACUUUUCAUACACAUGGUAUGUGUAUGAAAGAUGGAGAUGUCUAGGCUACGUAGAAGGACAGAGAUGCUAUAUAUAGAUCCCAAACCUCCAAAAAGGUUUCUACCAACUUUAUCAUGCCUGCACAUGAAUCUGCAUGAAUACACAAUGAGUAACUUUUACAAAUGUGUUAGACCCCUUUUUCUUGGAAAAUGUGGAAUGGGAAGGGGAAUGAAAUAGCAUGCAUCUUUAUUAUAACUGUCUGGUGUUUUUUCAGCUUUUCCCUUACAGGGAAUUGUGAUGCCAAUAUGGUGUAUAUAAUUAAAUGUAAAUUGGGCCCAGUUAUUAUUAGUAUUUACAAAGAUUUGCUGCUGUUAAUUCUAAAGAUGUCUGUACUAAACAGUAAUGUGAAAGUGACUUAAAAAUAUCGCAGCAACUGCCUCUUGCUGUUGUUCAAGUUUGUUUGCCUGUAUUUUAUGGUUUCUUGCACUGUGUGAAUUCAUAGUAAGCUAUUAAAAAGAUUGAUUUGUUUUUGUAUGUUUGUGUUUUGCUUAGAACUCUGGAGAGAAAGUGAGCAAAGUCAGCCUGGUAGAUUUGGCUGGUAGUGAAAGAGUAUCUAAAACAGGAGCAGCAGGAGAACGUCUGAAGGAAGGCAGCAAUAUAAACAAGUAAGGGCAUGAGUGAAUUUAAAUUAUCCAAAUAAACAUUCAGUUUAGCUGUACUCAUCAGAAGGCCCUUUAAAUCAAGCUUCUUAUCAGACUACAUUCAAAUAGCAUUCAAAAUUCUGAAUGUUACAUUAGGUUUACUUUUCUGCAAUUUUUUUUCCAUUUAUGAUCUAGGCAUGUGACUAAUGUGAAAUCUUUAACCUGAAGUGACAGCAGCAUUUUAUAGAAUGAAAAGAUGCUUGCACAUUGUAAUUUCUUCACACCCAUUUCCCCAAGCAGUUGUGGAUAUUGCAUUAAACAGCAACUAAGUAAGAGUAGGGUUUUAAUGGUUGCAGAGUUCUCAGUAAACUUGUUGCUUUCCUUAAACACUUCAGUGUAUUGGUCUUAACUAGUUAAGGAGCAUCUCCACCCACAUCGUUCAGCCUGGACACUGAGGUCCAACUCCAAGGGCGUUCUGGCAGUUCCCUCUUUGCAAGAAGUGAAAUUACAGGGAACCAGGCAGAAGGCCUUUUCAGUUGUUGCACCCACCCUGUGAAAUGCCCUCACAGCCGAUGUCAAAGAGUUAAAAGAACUAUAUAAAUUUCCAUAGACUUCUGAAGGCAGCCCUGUUUCAGGAAGCUUUUAAUGUUUGAUUUAUUUUUAUUUUCCUGCGGGAAGCCGCUCAGAGUGACUGGGGAAACCUAGUCAGAUGGGCAGGGUAUAAUAUAUAUUAUAUCAUCAUCAUCAUCAUCAUCAUGCAACAAGUAGUUACAGUGACUCCCAAAUAAGAAUUCUAAAAGCUGCUUCAUUUGUUUGCAGUAAAUUUGCUUUUGCUAUCCAUCUAUUUUCUUAAUAAACAAAUGGCAGAUAAUUAACUCUUAUUUACAUAGCUUCAUAGUCGGAGGUGCUCUUUCCUUCUGAAAAUUGAAUACGCUUUUUCCUAUUCUUGCACUGUUUGCUUGCUUGUGUUUUUGACUGUAGUGCUACAAAGCACUCUUUAAUACUGUUGGUGCUCAUUUUGACCUGUAUGCAACACCUUUUAGUGUUUAGCUCCAUAGGCUUUACAGAGCAGUUUUAUUCUUCUACAGAUUUCUAUUACUCUUGAAAUCCUUUUUAACUUUUCACAAGUUCUAGAAUUUAUUACACUCCACAGAAGCUACUUUUUUUUUUUUGCAAGAUUAAAUUUCAUUGCAGCUUUUGACAAAUUGUAUGUUACAUGUUCUAGCUGAUAACAAUUUGCUGCUCUCCUAGGUCACUCUCAACACUAGGUUUGGUUAUCUCAUCACUUGCAGACCAAGCAGCAGGAAAGGGGAAAAACAAAUUUGUGCCUUACAGAGACUCUGUACUCACCUGGCUUCUCAAGGUAAGACAUGGCACUGUAUCAUUCUCAGUGGAACUGUCAUGGACUGAUAUGCUAUCUUGCACACCAGUGUGCAAACUUUUUUGACUAAUUAAGAAAUAUUCCAGAUGCAACCUCUUCCUGGUAUGAUACAUGCUUUUUCUUGCUAUAUUAACCUUUUGACACAACUGUUUACUUGCCAUUCUGAUUUUUGCAUGAUACUUUGUAAUGCUGAGAGCUAAAUAUCCAAUGUGUUGUAGGUCAGAUGCGGUUGAAAGCAAUGCACCUUGAUUUUAAAAGUGUGCAUUAUAUUCAACUAAAUCAUUAUGUGAAUGGAAUGACUUUUGCCCAUGCAACAGAACUUCCCUUUCCUCUCCAUCCCCCAUGUGCUCUCUGUUUCACCACUAGAUCUGCUCUGGAGAGUUGGGGAAGGGGGAGGGGAAGUUUCCUUGUGCAAGUGAAAGUUGUUCUGCUUGUGCAAUGACUUCAGUGAGUGCAAACCUUUGUAUGCUAAAUGUAUUGAAAUUGUGCAUUUAGAGAAGGGGUAUAUUUUCAAAUUGCUUCACGUAUUUAUGAAUUCCUUAAUAUACUCUUUAGGACAACUUGGGAGGAAACAGCCAAACAGCUAUGAUAGCUACAAUUAGUCCAGCAGCUGAUAAUUAUGAAGAAACGCUCUCCACACUGAGAUAUGCAGACAGAGCUAAAAGGAUAGUUAAUCAUGCUAUAGUAAACGAAGAUCCAAAUGCCAGGGUCAUCCGAGAACUACGUGAAGAAGUAGAGAAACUAAAAGAACAACUUUCUCAGGCAGAGGUAAAUUUAUGGUAAUAUUACUGGUGGGAUUCAGUGAGUUGUCUUUUUUAUUAGUUCCAUACACAUUUUACAAAGCGGGGGGGAUGUUAAUGUUUUUGAAUUGGCUAUAAAAUUUGUAUCACAAGAGGAUUUAUUUGAAGAUGAAUUGAUGAUCUGAAUUUCUUGUGGGAAGGGGGAAAUCCAAAUGGUGAGCACAAUUAAACAUAAUGAAAGAGUAGUUUGGGGUUCUAAGUAUUUGCACCCAUGUAUGUGAUUCUGUUCACAACCCAAUUUGUUUGACUAGCAGAACAGGAUUAAAAUUUGUCAUGGAUAAAUUGGGAAUUAUAAAAUGUUUGUAAUUGUCAUAUUUUGGCUAUGAAGGCUAUGAAGGCACCAGAGUUAAAGGAAAAAUUGGAGGAAUCUGAGAAACUAAUAAAAGAACUGACUGUCACUUGGGAGGAGAAGUUAAGAAAAACAGAAGAAAUUGCACAGGUAUUCUUUUCAGUAUUCUUUCUGCUAAAUGCUUAAUUAGUGUAAGUUUGCAUUACAGUACUUAGCCUGAGACCUGCAAAUAUAGGGCCAUUAUAAAUUCAAUAAAUAAUAAUAAGAUAAUAGUCUAUGGAACAGAGAUGGACAAGUUUUAUAUUUCCAAAAGCGAUCUGGCUGUCAACAUACUGUUUCCUGAAAAUCUGUGGCUCUUGCCAUUCACCUGGAUUUUAUGUAUUUAAAAUAUUUCUUUACUGUCCUUCAUUAAAAUAGUCCACUAUAGUUUACAAUAGUGUGAAUAAAACUAGGCAACAAACCAACAAAUAUGUAUGGUGACAUGCAACAAGACAAGAUGCAAAUUAAAAACUUGGAAAAGUAAAGAAAAUUCCAAAAAAUAUAAAAUUUAAGAAAAUCCUGCGGAAGUAGGUUAAUUAACACAGUUUAUAUUGAUGUCACACAAUGCUAGCAUACUUGCUGUGGUUGCAUAGGCUUUACUUAGGUAUUAAAUAAAGCUGCUCAUUCUGUAGAUGGCUACAAAAAUAACAGCUGGAUUAAAACCUACAGUCACAGUAGGCAGCUACCCAAACAUUCUCUGUUACAGCAAAUAAUUGUCACAGUUCACAUGUCACUGUAUUGCUAUGAGCAUGCUCACUUGAAGCAAGGCUAAGGAGCUUUAAAGUUGAGGGCCAGGUAUUAAUAUGGCUUAGUUUGGCCUAAAUGAGUGGUGUUUCAGUGUAUUUUUGUAUUCCUUCAUGUUUCAUCAGCAAAUUUUGCAAGAGAAUAUGAAGUAAGGCAAGUAAUUGUGUCCUGUGUGAGGUAGCACUUCCUUUUAUCCUGGGUUCUAGUAUUAUAUGAGAGGGAGAGAACUUUUCCGUAGUCACCUUCUCCACCCCAUUAGCGUAUAUGUGAAGUUAGGAUUUUUCAUAAUUGCUCACAUUGGAAUUCAUAAUGCCCAUUUGCUCAGUUGGAAGAGAUCCUUUUGGAGCUCCUUGCAGUCCCCUUUCGUUUUUACCACUGGUGUCAUCAGAAAACUUGGCCACCUCAUUGCUAACUCCAGAUCCUUUUGGAUUAAGUUAACAAGCACUGAUUUCCAUAAAGGUCUGUGAAGGAACCCACUGCUUACUUAGCACCACUGCAACAACUGUCCAUUAAUUCCUGCUCUGUGGACCAUUCUCUUAUCUCAUGACUGUUAUGUUUCCUCCGGCCAGAAUCUAGUUGUAUGUUCAUUGGUACUUCUGUUGUUCUAAGUUAUUUUGUUGUAGGUUAUUGUGAAGGAAAGUGAAAAAACAGCAAAGAUUAGAAGAAUUAGUUUACAUUCUAAAUGUAUAUUUUAAAAAUAUUUUUAUUGCCGCAUGUUGUCCAACCCACAGUUUAUAAGAAUGUUAUAAAUUGUAAUAAUAUGUUUCAUUGUUUUAAAAGGCACUGAUAGGACUGUAUGCAUGACUUCACUAGUCUGUUUCAUUGACUGAUGAUCAAGAGUCAUAAUAGAUGAAAGGCUUAGUGGAUAGUGUUGCUCAUAGUUGUGCAACCUCUUUUGUUAUCUGUUCUAGACCUAUUAUUUUAGCUGGGUGCAGAUUAAUGGUAACUCCGUUUUUAUUUCCAAUGGUACCCUUUCACAUGAGGAAGGCUGCUUCUGCUCACAGAAGAGUUUGUUUUAUGCCUCAGAGUUGAGCAGUUUGUGAGAAAGGUGAUUCUAAAUCCAAAUAGGUUUUUCCCCUUGUACCACCUUUUGGAAAAGUGGAAGCAUGGAAACUGAUAUGGAACCUACCUAUUAUAGUGCUAUAUGAAUUCUUGUGUAAAGAUUUGUAGAGCAGUGUCAGCAGCUGUUAUUCUUUUGCCCGUGAUUAUGUCUCAAGUCAUAAUAUUUAGGUUUAUUGGCACUUAGAUCUGAUGAAUUAAUUUUUUUCCUGUGUAUUUUACAGGAGAGACAAAGACAGCUAGAGAGUAUGGGCAUUUCCCUUGAAACUUCUGGCAUCAAGGUUGGGGAAGAUAAGUGCUACCUGGUGAAUCUAAAUGCAGAUCCUGCACUCAAUGAAUUAUUGGUUUACUAUUUAAAGGUAAAAAGGCAUUAAAUUCCGUAAUGUUUUGGAGCUUCCCUUGAAAUAUUGUGCUACAUUUGAAUUUGUGGGAACUAUAUCUACAUUAGGGAUGCGGGUGGUGCUGUGGUCUAAACCACUGAGCCUAGGGCUUGCCGAUCGGAAGGUCAACGGUUCGAAUCCCCGUGACGGGGUGAACUUCCGUUACUCAGUUCCAGCUCCUGCCAACCUAGCAGUUCGAAAGCACACCAAAUAGUGCAAGUAGAUAAAUAGGUACCGCUCCGGCGGGAAGGUAAAUGGCGUUUCUGUGCGCUGCUCUGGUUUCGCCAGAAGCGGCUUAGUCAUGCUGGCCACAUGACCCAGAAAAACUGUCUGCAGACAAACGUUGGCUCCCUCGGCCAGUAAAGCGAGAUGAGUGCCGCAACCCCACAGUCGUUCAUGACUGGACUUAACUGUCAGGGGUCCUUUACCUUUACCUCUUUAUAUCUACAUUGGUUCUUAAGGUGUGGGACUGAAACUUCCUUACUUUUUUUUAAUAAAAAAACUUUUCAGUCAGUACUUUAUUUGCAAAAACUAAAGGACAUUGCAGAAAAUCUGUUGCUCCUUCCAUUCUUUAACCUGAUCAUUCACUAUGAUUUCUCUCAGUUUAACCCUUCCUUGUAAGUGGUCAAAAAGGCUAAUAUGAAUUCGUGUGUAAGCAUUUGCUCUUACUUCUAAUGCUCUUACUUCUAAGGCUUUAUCAUAAUUUUGGUCCAGGAAGGAGAAAUUUAGAUUCUGUGUAAGCUUCUGCUGUUUGUUAUGCACAUAGUCCAUACUGCUGUGAAUUUAAUUUUGAAAAUCAGUUCAUAUAUCUCAGCAAAAAAAUAAAAUGAUGAGAUAGUUUGCUGUAUGUAUUCAGUUUAUUAAUAGGCAUACUAAUAAAUGUGUAUAAAGAUAGCUUUUUCAUUCAGUGACCUCUAUCUCUUAAGAUUCAAGCCAAGUUUUUCUUUCUCGUGUAUAGUACUGAUUCAGGUUUUUUGUUAUAGUUAAAUUGGAUUGCUAUCAGUAAAUUUCAGAUGGGUAAUUAUUGUAAUAAUUAAACCUAGCUCUUUUAUCUUUGUUCUUAGGAACCUAUUUUCUUAGAUCUAUAUAAUAAAUGCAAUCAAAUGUUUCUAAUGUUAUAAGCAGAAAUUACUGUGAACAAUUAAGCUGUGAAAAUAUUCCUAGUUUGCAAAGGCAAUUGGUUAAUCCCAUGUACAGCAUUAUGUCUCAAUCUUUGUAUAAUAAUUAAGUGUGAGCAUAUAUUUCUGUGAGAUCAGUUUUAGAGAGUUUGUACAGGGGCCUUGUUACCUCUGCCAGGCUAGCAAUAGUUUCACUGUGUAAUGAAUAUGGCCAUGGGAUUCCAGGGUGGAUUGCACAUACAGUGGUGCCUCGCAAGACGAAAUUAAUCCGUUCCACGAGAGUCUUCGUCUAGCGGUUUUUUCGUCUUGCGAAGCAAGCCCAUUGACGGAUUAGCGCUAUUAGCGCUAUUAGCGGUUUAGCGGCUAUUAAAGGCUUAAAGGCUUAGGGGAUUAGCUGCUAAAAGGCUAUUAAAGGCUAUUAAAGGCUUAGCAGAUUAGAUAAAGGGGGAAAGCGAAAAAAAUCUCAAGACUCGCAAGAUAUUUUCGUCUUGCGAAGCAAGCCCAUAGGGGAAUUCGUCCUGCGAAGCAACUUCAAAACGGAAAACCCUUUCGUCUAGCGGUUUUUCCGUCUUGCGAGGCAUUCGUCUUGCGGGGCACCACUGUACUUUGUGAUGAAUAAGUAUGUGCCUAUGUCAAUAGAAGCAGCAGAUUUAUUUUCAUUAUAAUUGUCUUCACCAGGAUCAUACUAGGGUUGGUGCAGAUACUUCUCAGGAUAUACAGCUAUUUGGGAUAGGGAUCCAACCAGAGCAUUGCGAGAUAGACAUUGCACCAGAUGGGGAAGUUUCUCUCUCACCAAAAGAAAAUGCAAGGUAAGAGAAAUGCAAAAUCAGUUUCGGCCUACAAAAAAGUGUGGCAUUCAUGUUUGUAGAGAAAUUUAUGGAAAAGCACCCUGAUAAGAAAAGAGGAAAACUUCACAUACAGUGAUACCUCGGGUUAAGUACUUAAUUUGUUCCGGAGGUUCGUACUUAACCUGAAACUGUUCUUAACCUGAAGCACCACUUUAGCUAAUGGGGCCUCCUGCUGCUGCCGCUGCCAGAGCACGAUAUCUGUUCUCAUCCUGAAGCAAAGUUCUUAACCUGAAGCACUAUUUCUGGGUUAGCGGAGUCUGUAACCUGAAGCGUAUGUAACCCGAGGUACCACUGUAUUUAGUUUUGAUACCGUCAUAAUGAUAAGAGCAAUAAAAUAAGUGCUUGUGCUGUUCUUGAUGCAUAAGCAUACCGGGAGAGAUGCUUCUCAUAUCAUAUGAGAACUGAACUGCUCAGACCUUUCUUUGAAAUAUGGAGCAGUACAUAAAUUACCUUAAUAAUAUAACAACAAUAAAAGGUAAAACAAAGCUAUGUCCCAGAAUAUAAUCUUUCUAGAUGUUUGACUUUGGAAAUAUUUGAGCAGUGCCAAAAAAGAAUGCUAAGAAAAAACAAAUGGUAAAUGUAGAGGUGAACCACAACAAAAUCAGUUUAAAGGAGUUUCCAUAACUUCUUGAUGCCAGUACUAGCAACAUGAUAAGUGAAACAGAUAUCCUGUAAUCAUGAUUGCAUACACCAAUUAUUAAUAAUCCAAAUUUGUGGAGAACCUAAGAGUAAGUUUUUUGAAUACUAGUAAGGGAGAGGAUUCCCACCAAUAUCACCAUGUCCAAAUAAAAUCUAAAUCUCUUUGAAGACAUGAUGCCAGCUUUAAGGACAAAUUAGGAAUGUAAAUGUAUAGAAAUAAGCACAGUGUAUUCUACAUAAGCUUUAUUUAUACUUUUUGCAUGGUAUACCUUAGUGUGUUAUACUCCAGUGCUGUAGCCAUAAGAGAACAAAAUUCCAAACAGAUGGUGUUCUGUGUUGUUAUGAUAGAAUUACAUUGCUAGGAGUUAGUCAUUUUGACUGGCAAGAACAAAGAAGCAUGUCACUGGAAAAAAUUUAUAACUAAAUAGGCUUUGUUUAAUUUGUGCUUCAUCCAAAAUGCCUUAAUAGGCGCAAACCUUGUUACCAAAGUUACAACUGACAGUACAUUGAAUCAUUUCAUUGCUGAUUCUCAUGGAGAUUGAAAGUAACUUCUUUGUGAUAUGGAGAUGAAUUAAAAUACUGUUUCACUUUUAUUCACCACACUUGGAACCCAGAGAUUUUUUUCAGCAGUGAAAGAAAUAGAAGACAGCUGUUUUAAACGCUACCUUUCUAACAAAAUUAGGUGCACAAUUGAUUAAUAUCCCUGUUUCUGCAUGCCUAAAUUUAAGGGCAGUGAAAAUGUAUACAAAGCUGCCUCUCUAACGUUUCCUCUAAGGUCUGCACCAAAAAUGUGUUCUUUGUGCUGUGGCUAAUGUGAAAUAAACUUCUUUUAAUCAGAGUAACCUAGUUUUGGAAGAUUGUUUUUUAAACUCUGGGAGCAACAUAUGUACAAGUCUCAUUAAGGAGGUUUUAACUGGGUUUGUGCAGACUGCUUACGGUAAACAGCCUGUGACCCAAUUACUUAAACGUAUAUGCUGCAUGUUGUAUUGCUAAAACCAAGCCACUGUCUGUCCUGUAUACAAUAAAGAGGUGCAGCAGCAGCAAUAAUAAUUUGUCAGUAGAGAUCAGGCUCUUGUUACAGCCUUGAUGACUUUUAUUUCACACAUUUUAUGCAUGUUUAGGGGUUUCUGUUGGUAGGCCUUUGUGGUGCUGAAUCAAGAGAAAACACUUCUUCAUUCUUCUCGACGUUAAAUGAAUAAGUAAUUCAUCCAAAAGUAGAGAGCUGCAUCCGUAUUGGAAGAGUUUUUUAAAAACAUGUUUUAAUUGUUUUAUUGUUUCUGUGUUUGUCACCCUGAGCACCUUUGAGAGGAAGGAUGGGAUACAAAUUAAAUAAUCUAUUGACACUUUUAUCUGAGAGCUAGGAACACGCAGGCUGGAAAAAAGAGAGCACAUGUCUAUUGGAGUAUCUGCAACACCCAGUAAGACUCAUAAGGCAAUUACUUCUUUGGGACACUCUGCGUAAUCAAGUAAUGCAAACUGUAACUGUCGGAGCUCAGUAUGUAGGCUUUUCACUACCUGGUUUGUUUAGUGCACAUCAUCAGGUUGGAAUGGAAAAUUGUAAAGGGCCAUUUUCCUAUCCAUAAAACUUCUCAUGCCUCUUCAGAGAAGCACACCUCACACUUUGAGAACCGUAGAAAUGAGAGGCUAUGAAGAAAGCACAUGUAUUUGCAUAUAUACACAUACACAUAUAUGUGUAUAUUUCUGCUUGCCCCUUCUCACAAGUAUUUGUAUGUGCCUUGGUUGAGCCCAGAAACAAAAAACCCAUCUUGCUUCUCCUGAUGUGUUUCAUGUGAGUAAGAAUAUAUUUUAUAACAUGGUUCCUGGCAGCUAGGUGAUACACACUCUUCACUGUCCCUGCUGGACCAAAGAGCAAGAGUGACCCGUGGGUAGGAGAGAAUUUGUCCCCUUCUGCAUCUCUGUCUUAUGUAACAAUUCCCGUGGACCAGAGUGAGUAAUGGUUUGUGACUACCGGGAAUUGCUAUUGGAGAACUCAGAUUUUAAAGGAUAAUUUCAGUCUUUUCAAUCUUGUGCUUUGCUUUCAGAUCCUGUGUAAAUGGCACGUUGGUGUGUUCUGUGACACAGUUGUGGCAUGGAGAUAGAAUCUUAUGGGGAAACAACCACUUCUUUAGGUAAUCUCUCUCUCCCCCCCCCUCUUUAUUUACAGAGCUAUGUCCAAAUAUUAUUAGUGAAGAAUCUUGCUUCUAAAGAAUGAUGCUAAAUAGAUGAACUUCUUUGUUACAGCUCAGACUUCUAUAGUGUUAGUUUUUGGGCAACUAGUCUGUUUAGGUUUCCAUCUAGUCCACACAGUAUCUUCUAAGAUAAUAUUUCUCCUGUUAUGAUACUCUGUUGAAUAGAGCUUGAAUUUGUGAGCAUAUUUUCAUAAAACUGAAAUCAAUCCAGUCUUAAAUACCGAUCACUUGCUUUAGAGCAAGUACCAGGAGCUAUGCAUCCUGACAUGAACAGCCUUGAAGGGAAGAUGGAAGCAAAUUGGCUUGCAUUGUGUUUGGCAAAUACUACAUUGUAGUGUAGAAAUUUGUUGCUUUUAAGUCGUUGUUAUAUGUACCCUUGUACAUGGGGAGAACAAUGUCUCAGUAAAAAAAUAAAUCUAUUGUGACUCAUUGUUAGUUGUGGGAUAACCUAACUACAGUUGCUCUGGCAACCUCUAGGCUAGAUUACUGCAACACAUUAUACUUAGGGCUGCCUCUGAAUAGGGUUUGGAAGCUUCAGCUGGUAGAGAAUUUGGUGGCCAGGUUGCUGACUGGGGCAAGAUGGUUUGAGCAUAUUACACUGAUCCUCACCCAACUGGCUCCCAGUUAGUUUCUGGGCCCAAUCCAAAGUGCUGGUUUUGACCUAUAAAGCCUUGAGCUGCUCAUAAUUGCAAUAUGAACCAACCUGGACCCUGCGAUACUCAUGUGAGGCCCUUCUUCAUGUGCCUCCUCCACGAGAGGUCUGGAGGGUGGCAACACAAGAACAGGCCUUUUCUGCAGUGGUUCCCUGUUUGUGGAACGCAAUUUCUCCAGGGAGGUUCAAAUGGCAUCUUCAUUCUACACUUUUAGGUGCUAGGUGAAAACGUUCCUCUUCAACCAGGCCUUUGGCUGACUAACAUCCUAUAUCCUUUUAAAUGUGUUUUGCAGGAGGUUAUUGUUUUGUUUUGUCUUUGUUCUUGUUUUUCUUAUAUAUUUUGUGUUUUUAUCUUGUAUUUAUAUGCUGUGAGCUGUCAUGAGAUCUAUGGACGGUAUACAAAUUUAAUAAAUAAAUAAAAUAUAUAUGUUACUGUACCUUUAAGGUGAAUAGAAUCUUAAGAGCAAGACUUGUCAGUUGGCUUUGUCUGUUAGAGAAGGUUAAGAUUAAAUUCAGUGAAGGUUGUACAUAUUUGUCUCCUUCCUUAUUAAUCUGCAGUCAACACUGUAGCUUCCUUUGUUUUGGAACAACCUGCAGCAUGCCUUUCCUCCCUGCUCAUGGGUUGUUAAGUGUAGAAAGAUCUUAUCCACAGAAUCCAGCAUUUUAAAAAUGGAUUUACCAAGGUAUUUCAUAACUACUUUCUCAACUUUUUAACAGAAUCAAUCUGCCUAAGAGAAAGCGAAGAGAUUGGUUGAAAGACUCUGAAAAAGAGCAGCAGUUAGCAGAACAUGAUCUAGAUGCAGCCAGCGAAGCUUCUUCGGAACCAGACUAUAACUAUGAGUUUGCACAAAUGGAAGUCAUAAUGAAAACACUGAAUAGCAAUGGUAAGAAGCUGGUGCUCAGCAUCACUGAAAAUAUCAGACUGGAGCGCAUAAAUUUCAAGGUCCUGGCAAUAGAUAGGUUCUUUAAUCUGUUCCCUUGUCCUGGUGGUUGUAAAUAAGGAAUGGAUAAUUUUGUUGUGUUCAAUAACUGUUGUGACUUUCUGGGAAUAGAGACUGUGGAGGAGUAAAUCAUGUAUGACCAACUGAUCCCAAUUAUAUUUACUAGGAAGUAAGUGGAUUUUUAGGGGAUUUACCUCAUGCUCAUCUUCCUUUUCUUAUAUAGACCCUGCAGUAGAAAAUGGUACUUUGGAACUUUUGUCUCUCACCCUCUGUUUCACCUUCUGAUCACUGUGACUGUAGAACUGUGUCCACAAAGUGGAAUUAUUAACAAUGUAGAUAAUGAAUUUUAAGAUAUGUUGGUGCUUUCCUUAUCUAGAUCCAGUACAAAAUGUGGUCCAGGUCUUGGAGAAACAAUACUUGGAAGAAAAGCGUAGCGCUUUGGAAGAGCAGAGGAUGAUGUAUGAACGUGAGCUGGAGCAACUCCGACAGCAGCUUUCUCCGGAAAGACGGUAUCAGCAUUCUAGUGACAGGCUUUCAGAAGCUGCCCAGACAGCUCAGCAGAAAGUGAACCUCUGGUCAGAAGAGAGGUGAGAGCAUUGAUAUUAAAACCAUAAGUAACUAUGAGAGAAUGAGUGACAGAAGAAAAAUACUAUUCUGUGUGUGAAUCUGUCCAGGACAACCUUUCAUCCAGAUCCCAAAUAACUUUAGAACAUCCUUCUUGCAAACGUGUGCUAUGAGUAAGCUAACCAUACUCAAACUGCUUGUUGUAAAACUUAGUACCAAUUAAAUUCUUCAAACGCAGGACUCAUUGGGGCCCGGGCAUUUGGUAUGUACCUUCCGUAAUUAGAAUGUAGUCCUGCUUACCUAGUGAUUCUGACUGAUUUGGUCUUAUCUGCGUUGUCUUCUCAGUUAAGGACCAAUCAUGUCAUAGCACAGGCACUGUGCAGUGCCCAUAUGGUCAGAAUUACUGUGGGGCUUUCAAGGGAAACUCAUUAUAGCUCUUGUAUAACUUGUAGGUUUCAUCUUGGUAUACAUAUAAUUUUUCUCAGAAUGCCUAUAAAGACGGAUUAGCACGGUGGGAUUUGUUUUGUUACCAAAUGGCAUUUCCAAGAUAGCCUUGACAUGUAUUAAAAAAAUAGGAAGCAUUCUCUCAUUUAAAGCUAUUAUUUUCUCUUGUUAAAAUAUUUGAACAUAAUUUUUAAAAUCUGGAAUAAUUAAUAUUCUUAUGUUUACAACCUUGUUCAUUGUUUCUGCCAAUGUCUUCUUACCAAGUUCUCAAUUUCCCAAUUAAUGUUCUAUUACUCCUCUCCAUUUUUCUUUCCCACCCCUAGGGAUGAGUUAUUUCGACAGAGCCUAGCAAAAUUAAGAGAGCAGAUAGUUAAGGCCAACACAUUAGUGAGGGAAGCAAAUUUAUUGGCUGAAGAAAUGAGCACGCUAACAGAUUAUCAAGUGACACUGCAGAUUCCUGCUGCUAACCUGAGUGCCAAUAGGAAGGUAAGAAAAUUGAUAAUUGAAACUAUUUUGUAAAAGCCCUUGGAAGUCAUUUGAGUCCAGAAGUAGAGAAUGAAUGAGUGCAUGAGGGAGAGAAAAUGGAACAUAAGUUAAAGGAGUUGUAUGGAAUGAAUAGAUAUAGCUUCUCUAAACUUUCUAUCUCACUGAGCUGAUACAAUAUUAUAAUACCCGUAAACAUACAGUAGAAACAGGACAUUCAUGCCUGUGCUAUCUUGAUAUGUUGCCAGUCAUUUAUGGUUUCUAGUUCUCAGCCACCAUUAUAUAAAUAAUUGGAAAAUGCAAGAGAAUGGAGUACCAAAAUAUUAACAUAGCUAUGUAGCAUAUGUUGUUCGAGUUUAAAUUUGAAAAAUGGAAUCACUUUGUUAAAAUGCAUAUUUUAUCUACUUAAGAUACUUUGUCUUGUCUUUGUUUAGAGAGGAGCAAUAGUAAGUGAACCAGCUAUUCAAGUAAGAAGAAAAGGGAAAAGUACUCAAGUAUGGACCAUAGAGAAGCUGGAAAACAAGUUAAUUGACAUGAGAGAUCUGUAUCAAGAAUGGAAGGAAAGAGCCCAUGAGGUAUUCAACCUCAGUUUUUCAGUUUGGCCAAAAUCGUACUCUUUUAAUAAAAACAGAAUAUUUCUAAAAGCAUUAUAUAGCACAGUUGUUCAUAUUCAUGUAAGCAUUUCUGCUGUUUAUCUAACAGCAGUGCUACAUUCAGUUGUAUGUUUAUCCUAAUAUUUGUAGUUUAUUUCCCUUAUACAUGUCUGGGAACAGACUACAAUGACUACAUUUGGAACUUAGUAUCUCUAAAACUAUUUCAGUAUUAUACAGAAAGAUCGUGUCUUGCAUGGAGGUUACAUUCUGAGGAUGGCGUGUAGACAAAAACCACCUCCUUGGAACUGCCCCCACUCAAGCACCCUUAUCCUUUCUGGAGCCAUGCCCCAAGCAGACCUUGCCCCACAAGCAAGGCAGAGAGCUUCUAAGCUCCCUUGCUUACUAGGCUCUGGGAGGUUCUCUCGCAGGCCAUCCAUGUUCCUGCCAGCUUAUGCGAGAGCCUUCCAGAGCCCAAUAAGCAAGGCAGAGAGCUUAGAAGCUCUUUCUGCACUGGCAAAACUGUCUGCAAAAAGUACUUCUAAGCGCUCUGGCUUCUGUGCAUUUAAUCUGAGUGACUUCAACCUGUCAGCCUUCAACUGUGUAAAGUUGAAAUCACACAUCUUAAGCUUGUGUCAAUUGCAAUCGUCCUGCAAUUUAUUUUGCUCUGCAUAUGAGAUUUUAAAAUAGUGUGCUUUUGGAUAUGUUUACAGGUAAGUGUAUUUUUUAGUGUAAGUGAAGAAAUAUUUUUAGUAUUCAUCAGAAAUUUUAAUGCAAAUGUUUGCUAAUAUUUGACCUACUAUAAGGAAUAUCAGAUUUUCUAUAGUUUGUUUCUUCAAAGCACAUCAGCACUGAGUCCUACUAUUUUAAGUGAAUGGAUAACAACUUAAUGUAAUUCAGGAUUUAAUUAUACGGUUGUUUCAACCUAAAAUGCUAUCUGCCUGAACAUGAUGAUCAACAUAGUACUUCGUGCAAUGUAGUAUUCAUUGACUGCAUCAAAAACUAGUACAAACAGUUUUUGUUGUUAGUAUUUUUGCACACAGGGAAUUUAAUUUUGGUCUUCUGUGAGGAACACAAAAUUGUUGGAAGUGUUGCUACUCAUUUACAGUAUUUAAAUGAGGAAUAAGCUUUUGGUGUUAAUAAGAGUUAGGUAUACAUAAAAUAAUAGAAUCAUAGAGUUGUAGAGUUGAAAGGAACCUCAAGGGUCAUAUAGUCCGACCCUCUGCAAUGCAGGAAUCUCAACUAAAGCAUGCAUGGCAGAUGGUCAUCAACCUCUGCUUAAAAACCUCCAAUGAAGGAAAGUCCACUACCUCCUGAGUGAGACGAUUCCACUGUUAAAGAGCUCUUAGAAAGCUCUUUCUGAUGUUUAGUUAGAAUCUCCUUAUAACUUGAAGCCAUUGGUUUGGGUCCUAGUCUCCAAAGCCGGAGAAACAAGCUUGCUCCAUCCACCAUGUGACAGCCCUUUAGCUAUUUGAAGAUGGCUGUUAUAUCUCCUCUUUUACAGAUUAAGCAUACCCAGUUCCCUCAACUGUUCCUCAUAAGGUUUGGUUUCCAGACCUUUGAUCAUCUUGGUCACCCUCCUCCUCCAUACAUUCCAGCUUGUCAAUAUCCUUCUUAAAUUAUGGUGCCUAGAACUGGACACAGUACCCCAGUUGUGGUCUGACCAAGGCAUAAUAGAGUGGGAAUAUUGCUUUCCUUGAUCAGGUCCCUAUGCUUCUGUUUAUGCUUCCUAGAAUAGCAUUAGGUUUGUUUGCUGCUGUAUCACACUGUUGACUCGUGUUAAGCUUGCAGACCAGUAAGACCCCUAGAUCCUUUUCACGUGUACUACUGGCAAGCCAGGUGUUCCCCAUCUUAUAUUUGUGCAGCUGGUUCUUCCUGCCUAAGUGUAGAACCAUACAUGUGUCCAUAUUGAAAUACAUUUUGUUAGUUUGGGCCCAGUUCUCCAGUCUGCUCAGGUCAUCUUGCAUCCCAAUUCUGCCUUCAGCAGCAACGGUGUCAUCUGCAAAUUUGAUGAACAUCCCUUCAAUACCUUCAUCCAAGUAAUUUAGAAAUAGGUUGAACAACAACAGGCCCAGGGCAGGUGCUCUAUAUACACUCUAGUGCUCUACAUAUACUCUUGUCUUCUGCUAUCAUCUGACCUGCCUUGUUUAGACAUGUUGCACAGUGGUGAAAUGGGGAUUUGAAUAUGACUUUAUUGGGCGUAGCUCAUAAUUUUUUAGCACAUCCAUGUUGGAUCACUAUGCUAAAUCAUUUUUGUUUUUGAAAUUUUAAUUGUCUUUUAAAAAAAAACAGAUGAAGAGACUCACUGGAAAAAGAGGUGAUCCUUUCUAUGAAGCACAAGAAAACCACAAUUUAAUUGGUGUAGCGAAUGUCUUUUUGGAGUGCCUUUUCUGUGACGUUAAACUUCAGUAUGCAGUACCAAUAAUCAGCCAGCAGGGGGAGGUAAGUUUCAGUCUCUGGUGUCAUCUAUUCUGUUUUGUUUAUGAAGGCAAAACUUUGCUAUGAGCGGCACAUAUGUAUUCAGGAAGGAAAAGCACAAUAAUUCCACUAUUAAUGCAUCAGUGAUGUCUUGCUGCAUACACCUGCAAUAAGAUAGCAGUCAGGAUGGGCACACAGUCUUGGGACAAGAGAAGAUUGGUGCCACUGAAACAUUAAAUGGAAAUGCUUUGAAUAGAGGGCAAAUGACCAAGCCACUGAAUUUCAUGUACUGACGACCAAAUUUUUGACUAUAGUUCACUUGCUCCCCCGGUGUUCUAAAUCUAGAAGUCAAAUCAAAGGGGAAAGUUGUGAGUACACAGAAGGCAAUUCAAAACAACUAUCAAUAACUUCCAUUUUAUUUUUAAAUAUGUAAAUUUGGAUAAUAGCUGAGCAAGGAAAUGAGAAUUUUACUGGUUAGAUACUGAGCACCACAUCUUACAUGUGAACCUCCAUAAUGUCAAGUUGGAUCUGAGACAGAUUUGAGAAUGGCCGUAUGUAAUGUGCAAUUGUUAUCUGCAUGCUGUUUUUCUGUUCAGUUGAAGCUACAAUUAUAUUUAUAUAUGUAAGUAUGUGGAUUACUGAUGCUAUGCAGUACUACAAGGUCUUCAAUAUUAAUAUUUUUGGGGUGCAGGUUGCAGGGCGUCUGCAUGUUGAAGUGAUGCGUGUCACUGGUGUUGUCCCAGAACGCCUAGUGGAAGGAGAUGAUUCUUCUGAAAACUCAAGUGAAAGUGAAAGUAUAGAAAUCAUGGACAACAAUGGAGAAAUUACUCACAGGCCAAAAAAACUCACCUGCAGGGUAUGGACAUAUGUAUAUUAAUAUUUUAAUAGGAUAUACCUAUAUAAUACUCUAAACAUUUUGCAUGUAUUACAAUCAGCAAUGGGAAAUACCUUGUCACUCAUCCAUUUCCAGUUGGUUUCCAUACACCUUCAGAGAUUUAGUUUAUCUUUAUUUGUCAUAUGUUCAUACUAUAGUCUGCACCUUGGAUGGAAGUUUUAGACAAGUAAAGUCAACAAUUUAAAAAUGUAAGCCAUUCAUUGGGGUUAGUUAAUUUACAGCAGUUGAAGUUUUCAAUGCUUGUCCAGCAGUACGUGUGUGGACAAGGAUUACCAAAUAAUCUUACGAUGCUUUUGUUUGUUAAACAUAUUGUAUAUAUUGAGUGUUAAUUUUUAGAUUGUUUUAUGAGCCUAGCUGUGAGAUAAAAUUGGCCUUACUUAGUCAACCAUUGUCUAACUGAAUAUUCUGAGUAUAGCUGAAUAUAUUAAUAUAAAUAUGCCAGUAUAUUGAAUUACAGUUUUACUGUUGUCUAGGUAAAAAUUAAAGAAGCAACAGGACUACCUUUGAAUCUCUCAAACUUUGUCUUUUGUCAAUACACCUUCUGGGAUCAGUGUGAGUCAACUGUUGCAGCACCAGUUGUAGACCCAGAUGUGCCUUCACCUCUGACCAAGGAUGUCCAGUUUACAGUGACUUUUGCUCAUUGUAAGGUAAUUUAGUUUGGUUGGAAUGCUAGAAAAAUACAUUUGAGUCCAUAUUUUACACACACACACACACACACACACACACACGUAUGAUUCCAUCCUACUGUACAGUGAGAUGGAGAUGAAACAAGGGGUUCUAAUACCUUCAUUAAACAACAACAAAAAUUCAUUUCCAUUGCUUUCAAGUGCCUCCCCCACCAAUUACCUUCAGUCCAUUCCACUCACCUUUUGGGCAGGCCACCAGGUUCUUCACACACACUCUGGGCCACAGUUUGGGAACCCUGACAUAGGUUAAACAGAAUUCUGCAAGUCAUUAGUGGCAUUGAAUGCUGGAGUUGUGUAACCUGCUCCUGGUACUUUUAUUUGUCAUUUCCAGUGGAAAGAGGAAGGAAGACAGAACAUACAACUUGGUUCUUAGGAAACCUAGUCAGAGAGGAGAUGUGACCAGCCUAUUCACUGUUAUGGAAAAUGGGAUUGGAUUAAGGAAAUGAAACAUUCAUUCUUUCACAAAAACAUAUUAGUUAGGAGUGAGUUAGUCUGGCAAACUUUCUGUUCUCUGAAAAUGGAGCUUUGUUAUUCCUAAAAUGUUUGGUGGUUAUGCUUAUUUCAAUAUAUCUCAUUAGAACAGGGACUACAAUAUUAAAUAUGUUGUAGUAAUCAACACAAAAUAUGGAAUUUUGACUACCUGUGCAAAUAUAACUGAAGUAUUAAUAUAAAAUAGUGGUCUGUUCAGUAUUAUACAAAAUUCUGCAUUUUACCUGGUUCAUGGAAUUAAUAUCUUCAUUGGGAGUUUUUUUCUGCCCACAAGAACAUUUGAACAUUCACCUGGUUUUUUAAUCAUAGAGCUGAUAAAAAUCAUGCUUUAAGUGUUUUGCAGUAAGUAUUGCAAUUUUCUAGGAUUAUGUGGUGAAUGUAACAGAAGAAUUUCUGGAGUUCAUUCAAGAUGGAGCACUUGCUAUUGAGGUAUGGGGUCACAGAUGUGCUGGAAACGGCAGUUCCAUAUGGGAGGUGGAUACUCUUCAUGCAAAAACCAGGACCUUGAGAGACAGGUAAACCUAUGUUGUAUUUUCCUUAUAGUAGUGAAGCCUCACUUCAAAUAUAGGGAGAAAGGAGGAAGUACAGCACAUGUGCCAGAGAUGAAUUGAGAGCUAGAGGGUGAUGGGUGUGUAUGCCUGUGAGAGGUGGUAGGAGAGAAAUUGAGUACAAAGAAGAGAUUUCUCAUAGUCUUCUUUCUGCAAGAAUAUUUGAUUUGUUAAUUACUAAUUGUAUUGUUGCUUCCUGCCCUUGGCACCUUGGGGAAGAAGGGUGGGAUAAAAAUCUAAUAAGUAGAUAAAAUGAAUGGUUCUACAAAUUUCCACUAAAGUGUAAGGAGGAGUAUUCAUACUACUCUUAUUGCUUUUUGGAUUGUCUCUAGGUGGAAUGAAGUGACACGUCGAAUAGAAAUGUGGGUUUCAAUUCAAGAACUGAAUGAACUGGGGGACUAUACAGCUGUGGAGCUCCACCAGGCAAAGGAUGUAAAUACAGGAGGGAUUUUCCAGCUUCGACAGGUACAAUUAAUUUUAUCCCUCCCAGAUAAGAAUACUAAUGUGUGUUUACAUUAAUUUACAUGUUUCCCUACUUAUAUGACCAGGGUCAUUCUCGCAGAGUUCAGGUGACGGUUAAACCAGUACAGCAUUCGGGAACAUUGCCACUUAUGGUAGAAGCCAUUCUGUCUGUCUCCAUUGGCUGUGUGACUGCCAGAUCAACCAAAUUGCAACGGGGGUUGGACAGUUACCAGGUAGGAUAAGUGGCUUUAAAGUGCUAAAUUAUUUUAUUGUGGUGCAGAUUUGUUGUUUUCACUUGUGCCUUUGAAGGAUACUGUGUGGAAUUUGUAUGUACACUUGAAGCAAGGCAUGGAUGAUAGCUUCUCAAGGACCAUUAGGAAUGGCAGUUAAAUGGAACAUCAUGUCUUGAAUUGGUAUCCCUUGAAUGCCAGAAACAAUAUCAGAUUGGUGACUUUCAGGGGCUUGUAAUCUUUCAGGGGCAUCUUGCUGGCCAUUAUCAGAAACUGAAUGCUGAGUACAGGAAGUUUGCUGAUGGGAAUUGUAGUUCAAAAUGUUUGGAGGACACCAAGUUGGAACAAGCUGAUUUUAAAAGUUUAUUGUAAACUAGUCAUCGCAAGCCUCAGGUGCAAUCUCUUCCUCCUUUGUAAGCACGAUGAGGAGACUGAAAGGGCUACCUGCAGAUGCUAAGAAUUGAACCUGAGACAUUCUGCAUGCAAAAGCAGAUGCUCUGCCAUUGAGCUACAGCCCUUCCCCUCAACAACCACUUGCUCACCUCUUGGGCUCUGUGAAUAAUUGCAUUUGCAUAGCUGUCAACUGUCCCUUAUUUGGCGGGAAAGUCCCUUAUCCCAGCGCUGUGUCCCGCUGCUGUCCCUUAUUGAUGAUGUCCCUUAAAUUUCCCAGGUUUCAAAGGAAGCAGCUCCUCUCCCUCCCUCCCUGCCGGCCAGGGAGGAGGGAGGCUCCAACCGUGUUGCUUGGCUGUGUUGCUCACCCAGUAAGGAGUCUAAGAACGACUGGGGGAUGGAGCUUGCAUGCCUUGUGCCGAUCAAAUCGGCCGCGUUGCCUGGGGACUCGCCUUUGCCCAGCGCUUCCCAGCGGAGAGGUGACGGUGGUUUUCCUUGCUACAUCCCCUUUGCCGGGUUGCUGCGCUGUGGGAACCACCGCUUGAGGCUUCGUUUGGCUGCUGGCUGGGUUUUCUGCCUUUGGCUCGGAGGGGCUCAGAAGUUGAACAUACCUGUGUUCGGAAAAUCCCUUGUUUUGGCUGCUGAUCCCUUAUUUUCGAGGCUGCUGGUCCCUUAUUUUCAAAUCUGUAAGUUGACAGCUAUGCAUUUGUAUACUAAGAAGUGAUUGACACUUGAUAUGCUUUGGAGGGACUGAAUCCAAGUCUUCCCUCCACCCACAACGGCCUUGUUUGCAUGUAACCUUAAAUCAUAGUUAAAACAACAACAGCUCUGGAAGGGCUUUCCAACCUUUUUGGACCCAUAGGCACAUUUGCAAACCAGACAAAUAGUUGUUGGCACCUCCCCGGCCCCCUUUUCAAGCCUAAUUUCUACAGCCUCCUUUCUGUGACAUGUGGUAGGACACAAGCCUGAAUCUGCCUUGCAGUGGUGGGCAAAGCUGGACUCAUGAUUUGUAUCUCUCCGUAUAAAUAAAAAGUGGUAAGCCAAAAAGAAAUAUUGGCUUCCACUCAUGAUUUAUUUGGAAAGAAACAAGCCAUGAGCCCAAGUUUGCAUGUCACUACAAGACAGACUCUGGCUUCUUUCCUUUCCUGCAUAGCAUAGUCAGGUGCGAAGGAAGGAGGAAAAUGUUUGUGCACAUGAAAACAUAGUUUAUUUUAAGCUACAGUUUAACAUUGCACGUUAACCUCGCUAUUAUGUGAUUGCUGAAUGCCCACUGUUACAUCAAAGAUGUGUAGACUGAGUGCAUAAUGAUAAAGAUCCAGCAUAAAUUACCAGAGAUAUACCUCAUGUAGAAGACAGGUGGACACUUCUCCCAUCAGUCAUGUGCUUCAAAAAGUGAAGUAAUUAAUUUAAAACACAACAACAACCCAACGCUUGAAAGCAUGAAGAUAUCAUAUACAUAGUUUAUGUCUCUAGGAAGCAAGGGAGCAUCAUUGCAUGAAUUUUGCUUCUACGUGAUUAGGUAUUAGCCUGGAGGUCCUGACUCCCAAACCUUUUAGCAGUAAGUGGUAAAGAGGAGUGGCACAUGUCUGUUCACUUCACCAUAUGAGUGGGUCACUAAACCUUUAUAUAAGCAAUUAAAUAAGGUUUGAUGCUUUCUGUUCUGUCUUGUUCUAAUUUGUGUCCAUGAUGUGUGCUCUUAUUUGGAGUUUGUUAGCAAGAAAAAUGCAUGUUCUCUAUGUUUAUAAAGUUUAUUUUUUUCUACCAGAGAGGAGAUGAUGAUGAUGAUGGUGGUGAUAUGGAUAGUUAUCAGGUAUUGCUGCUGCUGUUGUUGUCGAAUCACAUAGCAUGGGGCACAGCUAAUGCUAAUAGUUAUCAACUCCAAAGAGUCACUGAAAAAAAUUGCUCUUGGAACUUUCUGCAUUAAAAGACACUGAUUUAAAGAACAAGCCUCUCAGCUUAAUUUGACAAUACGCUAUGCUCUUUCAUGUGACAUUUCUAAUAAUCAAUAUAUUAAUGAUUUAUUUAGAUUGUUGAAAAUUAAGAAAGAGCAUGGUGGCUUGCAACUUAAUUAAAACAACUGUCAAUAAAACAAUGUAAAACAGAUGCAGGAGAUACAAGAUAGCAAAGAAAUUUCAGGGAGGGAAAAGCCGAGGAUUAAAAACCACGUCAAGUACCUGCCAGAAAAGGAAUGUCUUCACUCACUGAUGAAAGUCCAUCAAAAAGGGGACAAAACAGAAUUCCCUGGGAAGGAAGUCCCGCAGAGCCUGGGCAAGGCAACAGAGAAAGUUGUAUUGUGUGUCGAAUUCAGAUGUUGGUGUAAUGCAAGGGAGACGUACAAGAGAGAUCUAUAGACAUCUCUUAUAUGAUAGAAUUGAGGCCAAAAGCAGAAUUCUUCAUUUUUUUAACUAAAUAAUGUUUGAAAUCAUAAUAAUUUUUACAUACAAUUAUUUGUACUCCAUAAUUUUUACAGGUUUCAUUAAAUCACAUUUUGUUCAGUGCAAUAACAAAAGCAUCAAAUAUUUGUGCGUACUGUACUGUUAAACCAUUUUUUAAUAAUAAAAAAGCUAGUCCUGUAAACUUUGCUUUCCUGAUGCCUACAGCUUUAAUGUAUUUAUGAAUUAAUGAAUUCUGUAUGAAGGCUUCCCAAUAUUAAGGGUUUUUAAAAAACUUUUUAACAAGCAGCAAAAAAACAAAACACCAGUUGUAUAAAUGUAGGUAUCUAUGCAAAUACCCUAGUAAGUUGUACAGUCGUUCCAAAAACCUACAGCUCAAACUACAGGUGAUGGCUGAUUCAAAUGCCUAAAGCUCCUCUCUGACCCAGUCCUGUGAAACAAGGAAACUAGAAGUCCAAUUUAGGAGUAUAAGGAAUAAAUGGGUGAGCAGUGCUAAACACCCACAUCCGCACACCAGAGGCAACUCAACACACACUGCUUACCUUCUUGCAACCUUCUCCCCAAGCACUCUUCUCACAGAUAGAGACACUUCUGGUAUUUAGCCUGGAUGAGGAGAAAAUGGCUUCAGAGAACAAACUGCAAGUAGAUAAACCACAAGGAGAGGGAAGGCUUUGCACUUCCCACCCAGGAGGACCCCCACCUCCAUAAUUAUGGUACUUCCAUAAGUUAGGCAGAUCCAGAUUUAAAUACACCAUCCUGCUGUCAACAGUAGUUUGAGCCUGAAUUAGCUACUAACUUGCUUCAAGCGGUUCAUGGCACUUCCUGGUAAUGAAUUAUGAAGAAUGGAUCAAACAUUCCUUUAAUACCAGAAAGCAUGAUUGCAUGAUGGGUUUUUGUUUGCAUGUGGAUGAUUUAGUUACUCUGGUAACAGCUUCUCAUAAUGGAGUUAAUACAGGUUUAAGGGUAUAUAUGUUGAUGUCUCUUUAAUUGUUUUCACUUUCAUAUGCUACUAAAUAGUUUGUUGGCCAAUGCAUUAUUUUUCUGCUUGGAUCUAAAUCACAAAUUUGCAAGAGACAAAAUACACAAAGAGCUCUAACUAUGGAGUGGGUGGUGCAAUUUCAGCUUUUCAUUCUUUAUGCUCUUUGCAAGUUGGGUGAGCUUACCUUCUUGGGUUAUGUACUAUCUGAUGUAAACGUGAAUGAACACUAUUGGGUAACAUCUUCCAAUCAAAGUUGAAAACUGCAUAAAAUUAAAUGUGUAUGUUGUAUAUGUUAAAAAAAAAUAAUAAUUCUCUUUUUCCAUAGGAAGAAGACUUAAAUUGUGUGAGAGAGAGAUGGUCAGAGGCACUAAUAAAACGCAGAGAAUAUCUAGAUGAACAGAUUAAAAAAAUCAGCAAUAAACAAGGUUCGUGGAUCUUGUGAUUUAAUUAUAAGAACUUUUCAUUCCUUUGUAUCAAAAAAGAAUGUUAGCCUAGUGUAUUACUGAUUUAUUUUUAAAAGUUGUUUGUAUUUGAAAGGCUUUUUGUGAUGUUCAGCUUGUUAUAAACUGAAAAAUUAGAAUAAUUUGCUCAUUACAAAGUGAAUCCACCUUUGAGAGCAGAAUUCUCAUUAGCUUUAUUGGAUCUAAUCUGCAUUCAUUGGAAUCCAAAACCAACCUGUCACUUUGCUACUCUUAAAUAAUUGGAAAAUGUAUUAUUAACCCGUUGUUUUCUGGAUGCCCCUGGAAAAAGUACUUCCACAGUGACCAAUGUGACCAAUAUUCCACUCUUCAUAUCCGAUAUCACAUUAUAGAUAAAACAGAAGAUGACAUGGAAAGAGAAGCACGUCUUGUAGAACAGUGGGUAGGGCUAACAGAAGAAAGAAAUGCUGUGCUAGUCCCAGCACCAGACAGUGGGAUCCCAGGUGCUCCUGCAAAUUGGUAGGUUGACUAAAAUGCAUUAUAUUUCAGCUUGCUUACAAAAUAACGUUUGAGUGAAUAUUGUAUGCAGUUAACAGGAUAGUGAAGAUCUGAGGGAAGAAUAAGCUGCUAAAAUGCUAAAUGUGUGUUCACUUUUUUUAAAAAAAUUGACCUUUAUAUUCCACAACACAGAACAUUAGUGCCCUUAGUUCAGCUAGAAACAUAUUACAACUAGAAAUGAAACUGCUGGUGAACUGGUUGUUUUAUUGCUGGUCUGUGUAUCCUGAAGAUUUAUCUCACCCAGAUAUGGUUGAAUUAAGGGCAGGAUAUAAAUAUUUUAAUAAAUAGAAAAUAAAGGUUUCUGGCGGUGUAAUGCACAGUCAUGUAAUAAUGUAGAACCGGGGUUUAUAUACAAGUUCAUUUACAGAUUCCAUAAUAUUUCCUGUUGUAGUAAUGCUUGUAGUAGGUGUUAACACCUGUACUGGGGUCCUGAAGUAAAAAAGACACUUUCUCCUGUCUCUACAUUUUGCUCUAUUAUGCAUUGAAGCAGUUAGAUUCAGGACUUGCCUCCAGCUCCAAACACUUCAUUUCCAUAGAACUAGGGUCUGUUUAGGAGAUAUGGUGGAGAAAAUAUCACCACCCCACCCCUGUGAAUUCUUUUCUCUUUUGUGAAUCAUGGUCUAGGAGCUCUCCUGUUAGGGUCCAAGGAUACACUGUAAUAUUUUGUUGUAGGUUCUCCCUAGUUAAUGUCAUUUGUUUUUAACGCUUUCAGUUUUCCAUUAAAAUAUCUGUGCAUGUGUAUGGUUUAUUUUAUUAACUGGGGUGUUUCUUUACUGUUAGGAUCCCACCUUCUGGAAUGGAAACACAUAUACCUGUACUUUUCCUUGAUUUGAACGGUAAGUUGCAGCUUAUGAAGGGAGUGGAAGUAUGAAUUCCCUUGAAUAUGCUUGACGUAUUUAUACGCUUUCGUAUUGCUGGUGUUUUAUUGCUGUGUGGGAAUCUGAAGUGCUUCAGAUCUGGAUCUGGUGGCUUUUAAACAAUCCAGUUUUUUUGUUUAUUGAAUGUAUUGAAAGAAGCACAGCUGUUGGGCAUUAGAGUUCUUCCAUCAUGUGUAAAGACACAUUCUUAAACAUCUUCAUCAAAAGUUCCAAAAUGAUAUUUUGCAAUGAUUUCUAUUGGUUGCCAUGUACUUGCAUUGUGGGGUAACAAAUUCCAUUAAGCUGAUGUAUACAAAUGUAACAUGAGAAGUGUAAGUCUAUCCUAUCUAAAGCAUUGUUUUCCAGUUAUGCAUGAUUUCUGUGUAAUAUGUUUAAGACUGGGACAUAGGAAAUAACUAAAGCUAAAAAAAAUGUCUUGUAACUUAAUUUUAUUUUUUGUUAGCUGAUGACCUCAGUGCCAAUGAACAGCUUAUAGGUCCACAUGCAUCAGGAGUAAAUUCAAUACUACCCAAAGAGCAUGGAAGUCAAUUCUUUUAUCUGCCAAUCAUAAAACACAGCAAAGAUGAGGUAAAUGUCUAGUGAGCUAUUCUGUACAGUAGAUGUAUGGCUAUCAUAUUUUUACUGUUUGCAUUUCAUCAAUCCAUUUUCUUUCUUUUUCAAUACAUUUAAUGCUACAUUAUACCUUUGAAACCUUGAAUUUACUCUUUUCUACUUGAUUUUUGUUGAACAAGUGUGUAUAGUUUAUUGUUAUUCAGAAUAACCUCUUAACAAAGUGAUCUUUGAUUAGUUCUUAAUUCAUGUGGGGUUGAAAUACUUAUAUUUUGAAGAAUAAACGUUUAAUAUUCUUGAAUUGUAUAAAUGAAGUCCAACUUCUUCUUAAAGUCUCUUUGUAGGUGUUCCUUCCUUCUCAUAGAUACUGACAGCUAGUAACGUAAUAUUCCACACCCUUUCUCCAAAGCCUUAGAAAAUGGUAAAUGCACUGACUUUCAUGCUAGUGCUAAAAAUGUCUUAGUUAAUAUAUCCAUAGCUGUCUCCCUGUGUGCUCCACUGACUUACCUUUUUAGUUGUCCCAAAGGAGGAGGAGGAGGAGGAGUUUGGAUUUGAUAUCCCGCCUUUCACUCCCUUUAAGGAGUCUCAAAGCGGCUAACAUUCUCCUUUCCCUUCCUCCCCCACAACAAACACUCUGUGAGGUGAGUGGGGCUGAGAGACUUCAGAGAAGUGUGACUGGCCCAAGGUCACCCAGCAGCUGCAUGUGGAGGAGCGGGGAAUCGAACCCGGUUCACCAGAUUACAAGACUACCGCUCUUAACCACUACACCACAUGGAUUUAAUUUAAUACCUUGGCUUAUUAUGUCUUUGAUACCCUGUGAAACAUCUAUCCAUUAUUAACCUGAAUACAUUUCUACCAAAGGUGGGCCAAUAUUUCCUUGAUUCUUCAACAUGAAUCAGAUAGGUACACUGGGAUACAUUUUUGAAAUUCUUACAGGGAUAUAAUGCCAUGUACAGUGGAACCUUGGUUCCCAAAAAGCUUGGCUCCCGUACAAAUUGGCUCCCAAACGCCAAAGUAAGUGUUCUGGUUUGUGAAUGUUUUUUGGAAGCCAAACAUUGAUUUCAACUGUCGGCAUUGUUUCUGGGGCCAAUCAGCCAAUCAGAAGCCAUGCCUUGGUUUGCAAAUGUUUUUGAAGUUGAACGGACUCCCAGAAUGGAUUGAGUUCAGGAACCAAGGUACCACUGUAUACAAUAUAUUAUAAAAGUUUCUAUUGAAUCCACACAAAGUAAAAUAGUUUUUGGCUCAUUAUUUCUGUAUAUAAUGCCAUUCUAUACCUGUCAUUCUAACAAUAAUUUCUUUCUCUGAAUUUUGUUUUAUUAGUUGUUUUUUGUAGAUUUCUGAUAAUAAUUCAAAAUAUGGAAGAAGUCUGCUUAUGUUUGUUCCUCUUAUAACAUGUUUAUUGGGCUUCUAGACUGGCAAUUUAGCAUUUGGUUUGUUUUAUGCAAACUGAGCAUAUUAGAAAACAAGAAGUUGAUUCCCUCUUCCUCCAUGGCAAAAUGUCUUUAUACGUGUGAAACCAUGCACUAGUGCAACUAAUAUCGCACAUGGUGAUAAUGGUUAAUUUUUGGUGCAAAUCAAUCAUCCAGGCUGGAGCUUAUUCAGAUUCUUUAGUGAUAUGUUAAAAAUCAGCAAUAGAAAAAUAAAUACGAUCUUAGGCAGAAUCUCCAUUUUAUAACUUUUGCUUUUACUGACAAUGAAAUUAGUAAUUUUACCAAUCUAUACAUACUCUGUUUGCUUUCUCCCAAUAGACACAAGCAGUUGGUUUAUAAUAGAUUUGAAAUAUUGAUAAAUAUAUCCCUAGCUAUUUUAUUUUUGGUUGCUUAAUGUGAGAAGGGAAGGGAUAUUUCCUUACUCACUUUAUUUAAAAAAGCCAACCACCUUCUGCUCCAGCGGUUUUCCCAAACCCAUAGUCCUGCCACCAUUUAAUAUUACUUAUACCCUUAGCACCCUUAACUUAUCAGUAACCUGAGUAACUGUUGAUAUCAAUGUAAUACAAAGACUAUCAGGUAUAGCUAUUAUAUUUGACAAAGAAAUCAAUAUUUAUUUAUUGCAUUAUGCGGUUCACAAGUGUAUGCAGUUACUUCAUACUACCUACUUAAAUGGAUAUGCACUUUGUUAACAUGUGGCUUAAAUGCAGCUUAUUUUACACUAUUACUAAACUAAGACAGCUGUGAAGAACCUAAUUUAAGAUUCUUUUGCCAGAUUGUUCUUCUAUUUACUCCACCCCAGUUAAGCCUCACCAACUCUAUAACUGAGGACCUUUACUGAAGCCUCUCUUUUGACCUGUACUGACCUGUUGGAAACAGGGCUGUUUCCGAUGCUCUGCCCUGAAAUCUUUCUCUCCUACCUGAUACCAGACAGAGUCUGGCAUUCCAAACUGCCUCUCACUUCUUCCCUCCUCUUCAGCCUGAGCCAAGCCAAUUCAGCUACCCCAGCCUUCCUUUCAUGUCCUCUUCUUCCUUAAUCUUCUUUGUUCUCUCCUUCUGGCUGCCCACCAUGAACACCAAGCACCAACAAAUGCUGGCUCCUCUCUGAGCAACAUGGACUAAUCCUAACUGACCCUAACUGCCAUAUAUUCACUUCUUCUUCCCCCUCUGGUCCAGCCCCAGACAAUCACAUUGUCUAACUGAAUAUUCUAAACCUGCAACCACCAAUCAAAAUGUGGGUACAUUUUAUCCUUCUUUUGCAUACUGAUAGUUCUGUCUCCAACCCUUCCUUGGCUGUCUGUUAAGCUCCCCCAGUGACAGUUAAACCAACUGCUACCUGAUCAGGCAGAGCACUUUCCCCAUUAAGUACAUUACAAAAAAAUUGACAGAGGUACUAUUCAACUCAGUUUUACUUAGACUCAUUGAAACCAUGGGACUUUAAUCGUGUUCAUUAAUUGCUUUUGUUAAUGUUGUGUUAAUUGUCUAAGCAUUUCUGUAUUUCAGGAAUGUUAAAAGAGUAGGGUAAACAUUUAAGCAAUUCAGAUCAGUUUCCUUUAUAAUAUUCUACCAAAUUGUGCUCCUAGGUUUCGGCCACUGCUGCAUGGGACCCUUCUGUGCAUGAUUCAGUGCACUUGAAUAGGGUAACACCUCAAAAUGAGAGAAUCUAUUUGAUUGUGAAGAUUACAGUCCAACUCAGCCACCCUGCUGCAAUGGAACUUGUGCUACGUAAAAGAAUUGCUGCAAAUAUUUACAAUAAGCAGGUGAUGGAUGAAUUCUGCUUAAUGUAUCUUCUUUUGACUGUAUUUCUUUUUUGUUUUUUAAUUUUUUUUAUUCAAAGUUAUAACAAAACAUAUUUUCCAAAAACAUAUCCUUAUUCCCCCCCCCAUUUUUCCUCCCCCCUCCCCCCACAACCCCCCCACCUCACCCCCCAACUUCCCUCAGUUCCAGUCUUUGGUUUCUCCAAUAAUGCUAUUUUCUGCAUGUUACAGAGUUGUAUAGAUCCUCCAACUGUUUAGCUAAUUAUUAUCAGUAAAAAAUUGUGGAUGUUUAUUCAAAACCUGCCAAGGAGUCCAGUUCACUUUGUUGCAUCUUCAAAUACUUUGUGAAAGGUUCCCAUUCAUCCUUAAAGUCACAGUUAUCCUGUCCCGUAGCUUAUAUGUCAAUUUUGCCGGUUCUGCAUAAUCCAUUAAUUUUUCUUGCCAUGAUUCUUUAGUUGAGAUUUCUUCAGUCUUCCAUCCUUGUGCUACCAGAACUCUCACGGCCGUUGUCGCAUACAUGACUGUAUUUCUUUUUUGUUGACUUAACUGUUGGGAUAAAAUUUAGAAAUAAUAAACUAAACCAGGAAGUAUUCACAUACAAUGAUGUUUUUUAAAAAUAAAAAACCACAGAAAUGUUUUAUUGAUGUUUAGUUUCACUACUAAAGUAACAUGCAGAGUAACAAAAGGAACAUAAACAAAGGAAGGUAUACAAAACUUGAUAAAUGUUUAAAUUAAAAGGUUAGCUUAUGGUUGUAGUAAUUUACAUUCCAAUUUAUGCAAUCAAAUAAAGGUGUUUUUCUUAAUGUUGCAUGUGUUGAUGGAGGGUGAAAACAAUGUUCAGUUGUUUUUACAAAGUAAAAUAAUACCAUGUUUCUUUUAAUUUUUUGCCAUUCCCAGUGAGGUAUUGGGUGGGAUGAAAAAUAUGCUAAGGAGGCUGAAUUGGGAUGCCAGGAUGAGAGUUAGCCCCUACCCCAUUGCAUGUGACAUGAACCUGCAAGAAACCAUUUUCUUAGCUUGCUUAAUCACACUAUUCAUCAUAUGAAUUCCCCCCUAGAGUUUUACGCAGAGUCUCAAACGAAGAAUAUCUUUGAAGAAUAUAUGGUAUGCUUGUGGUGUGGCCUAUGAAAUAGUUUCAAAUAUACCAAAGGUAAAUUCUACUGUACUUUUUCAAGAAGUUAGAAUAAAUGAAAAAAUCAAAGUAAAAGAAAUUCCUGUAAACUGCAUCCUCAAAGUUCUGUUUUAGGCAUUCUGAAGUGGCAUCUGUAUAAAGACUGCAUAAUGUUGCAUUCUGUUUGUGUCCCAGUUUUAAACAGAUUAAAUUAAACAGUUUAAUUUUUAGGCCACAGAAGAAAUUGAAGAUCGGGAGACACUGGCUCUGAUGGCAGCCAGAAAUGAAAAUGAGGGUGCAUCUGAUGGUGAAACUUACAUUGAGAAGUAUACUCGUGGAGUGUUGCAGGUAGAAAACAUUUUGAGUCUUGAACGAUUAAGACAGGUGAGUAGAAAAAAGCUUCAGGCCAAAUUAGUUUAGUUAUUGUAAAACAAUUGCCGCAAGAGAUGUCUCAUAUUUCCAUUUUCUUUACCGUUACUAUCAGAAUGCUGACAAACGUUUAAUGUGAUCUUGCUCUUCGGAUGCCAUUUUGAUAUAAUGUUCCAUUCUUGAUCUGUCUUCAGAGACAUCAAACCUGAUUAAAGUAAAAAUGAUUUUUCUGUAUUAAUAAAUAUACCUUUAUAUAUACUUUUUGAAGUGAGUUUUAAUUGCCUAGAUCUCUGUGUGAAACUACAGAUUUCAAUUUACUCAUUCUAUCUUAACGCAGGCAGUCACAGUCAAAGAAGCUGUUUCUACUAAGACUCGACACAUGCAGCGGAGUGUCAGUACACCAAACGUCCACAAUGUAAGAUAAUUUUUCAAGGUGAAAGACUCACAUAUUACUAAAAAUGUUAAGGUUGAAGACAAAACGUAUUCAUUUUGACCCUGGAGAAAAUGAGAUUAAUCAGUAGAAUAAAUUGUCAAAGGACAUAUUCUACAUAUUCCAGUAGGUAUUUGUCAGGGAUAAUUGUCAGGGAUAAUUUAGGUUUAAUGCUCCUUUCCUACAUGCAAGUAUAACCCUCCUUUCCUUUAAAUGCAGGAUAUACAGUACAUGAGUGUUCAUGAAGUUCUAUUGCCAUGUUUGUCAGUCUUUUGUUUAUUUCAAAUGCAGUCUAGGCUUAGCAGUUGGUGAGGAGACUGUGGUUCUCAUGUGAAGGCCACCCUGCUGCUAAGCAGGCUGAUAGCAUUCAUUGGGCUCAUAUUUAUUUAUUGUUGUGUUUUAGGUAUCCUGUAGUCGAUUAGAUAUUUCUGGCUGUGAUGAAGAUAAGGUAUGAAUAUUAAGAAAAGUGAACAGAUGUGGUGGCACCUUUUUGAAAAUGUAGUCAUAUAGACUUGCCUUUUCCUUCCUAUUUGAUACAAGAAAUCCUUAAAGUUAGUCUUCAGUAAUAAUGAUAGGUUGUUUAGAACAGGAAUGUAUAAUUUGAUGCAUUACUGACUUGAGAAAAUUAAGUUGAGCUGAUCUCAGGGUGCUUCACAAAAUAAAUUAUUAAAGACUGUCAGUUAUUUCUCUGGUGCAGGGGCAUACGGGGGUGCAAUAAAUUUCUCAGGGUAGUUAUUAUUGAAUCAGUUACCAAAAAAGUCCUAGGAAUCUUCCUGUGAGAUAGGAGAGAUUACAGGAUAUUUUUGUAAUAGAUUUUAACAAAAUAAGACUCUACUCCUAGACACACCAUGGAGCAAGUAGCACUGAAUGCAUUGGGGAUAUACUUCUGAAUAAAAUGCACAGGAUUGAGUUGCAUAAAAUAAAUUUGAAAAGUUUUGGUAGUAAUAAAAAAUAUGUAUGUGUGAAAGAACAUUGACUAUUUUGAAAGGAUCUGAACUCUUUUCUUGUAUCUUGAAAAUGAACAUUUUCCUGUUUCUUUUCUUGGUUGUUUAUGACUUUAGGGUUGGUCAGAAGGUCAUCUAGAUGUAUUAGAUUGUUCUUCCAGUUACCAAGAUGUAUCAUGUUAUGGUACUUUACCCAGAGAUUCUCCUCGCAGAAGUAAAGAUGCUGGUGGUAAGAUUUUUAUUGUGUUUAGUUUUAAUUGGGUCAAUAUAUGAAAUUAUUAAUAUACACACACACAUAUUCAUAUAUAUAUAUAUAUAUAUAGCAGUGAUGCAAAGGGUAUUUCCCUCUGUUCUACUGUCUUUAAAUUCUUGUGGUAAAUGUGUAUGUAUAAAGCAGCAUUCAGUCCUAACCGAUACAGUGUAUUAAUCUGCUAGCAAAGGCUAUUUCUCCCAUGAUGAUGAAGGUUAGCUUGUGGUGCUUUGGUGCUGCAAGGGCCGAAAACAACUAUCCCAGCACCCUUUAAGAAGGUUCUGAAGUAAAAAUGGGAUGUGCCUCUCCAGGCCAAGCACUUAGGAUCAUAUACCAAUACGUUUUAUCUCCUGGAACAAGCAUUAUUAUUUUAUAUAGUAGAAUAAAUGCACAUAGUGCUUUAUGUAGUGAUAUGAGCAGUGAUAUGUUUAGAGAAGCUUUUAAUGUACGUGCAUUACAAUAUUUUAAUAUUUUGUUAGAAGCUGCCCAGAGUGGCUGGGGAAGCCCAGCCAGAUAGGCGGGGUAUUAAAAAUUAUUAUUAUUAUUAUUAUUAUUAUUAUUAUUAUUAUUAUGACAGUUUCUCCCCUGAGGAGUUUACAAAAGCAGAGGAAAGAGAAGUAGGAAAAGAAAAUGUGCAUAUGCAUAUUCAUGACAGCAUAAAGGAAGAGGAGGGAGAUUUAGUGAUAAGAAGGAAAGAAAAAAAUUAUAUUGGAAGCUGCCCAGAGUGGCUGGGGCAAUCAAGUCAGAUGGUCAGGGUACAAUUAUUAUUAUUACUAAUAUUACUGUUGCUAUUAUUAUAAAGAAUAACUGCUUAGGGAACAAGUGAUUAAAAUUUGGUUUUAGUACUAAUGUUGUAGCUUUAUGACUUACUUUGUUUUAAACUGCCAAAUUACAUAUCAGUUGUCACCUUAUGCUGACAGGUACAUUAUCAUUCUCUCUUGGGUUAUAUUAACCAGCAGCUGCACUGAAAUUCUAGUGAUGCUACGAGUCAUAUGUAAAUAAUUACCACUAUGUACUUCUACGAAGGGACGUGGGUGGCGCUGUGGGUUAAACCACAGAGCCUAGGACUUGCCGAUCAGAAGGUCGGCGGUUCAAAUCCCUGCGAUGGGGUGAGCUCCCGUUGCUCGGUCCCAGCUCCUGCCAACCUAGCGGUUCGAAAGGACGUCAAAGUUCAAGAAAAUAAAUAGGUACCGCUCUGGCAGGAAGGUAAAUGGCGUUUCCGUGCGCUGCUCUGGUUUGCCAGAAGCGGCUUAGUCAUGCUGGCCACAUAACCCGGAAGCUGUACGCCGGCUCCCUCGGCCAGUAAAGCGAGAUGAGCGCCACAACCCCAGAGUAGGUCACGACUGGACCAAAUGGUCAGGGGUCCCUUUACCUUUACCUUACUUCUACGAAAGAAUGGCAGACUUUUCCUUUUGAGACAUCCACAGCUCAUAUUUAGUUCUCUUUGAAGUAUGUUAUGAAUUGCAGACAAGCUUUUUGCUAAACUUCGUUUAAGCAAAACCUUCUUGAUGCAAAAGGAGGGAGUUGUAGGUGAUAAAGUAUGUUUACUUUACAAAUAGCAGAGAGCAUGCUUUGAGACAUGCUGGACUGGUUUGCAUAUAGCUUGAGCAAACCUCUCAAACAGUGUGAGAGAUGGCACUGUGGCUACAGGAGGAGGGGAAAUCAGCAAAAGUUGCCAUGCCCCCACCCCGUCACUUAAUUAAAAGCCUUUUUCCAUGGUGAUAAAGUCUGGAUCCAACCCUCUCUGUUACUCCACUGUUAUUUCAUUGUACAAACAACAUUUACCAUGAAUGGUAAGCAGGGAAAUGAACAUAUUUCAUAACAUGGCACAAAUGAGGAUCUAAUAUGCUCAUCAUCAUGGUUAUUUCCUGUGGUACUUUAUAUCACUUUCUUUUUCAUUUUUUACUUACUUUUGCAGUUGAUGUUAGAAUAACUAACCUAUUUGUGUGUGUGUUUAUUUUCAUUAUCCAAGGUUAUGUAUCAGAGAAUCCUCAUGCAUCAACCGUCAGCCCAUUUAAAGCAUUUUCUCCACAGCCACCCAAGUUUUUCAAACCUUUAAUGCCAGUAAAAGAAGAACAUAAAAAGAUCUCCUUUGAAAGUCGGCCUCUACUUAGUAAAGAGGUAGGUAGUUAAGAACUAUUAUAGUUUCUUAAUCUUGAUUAAUUUAUGUGCAAGUAGCUAUUGUCUUUGCCAGUAAAUAACUUGCAGCUUGCAUUUGUGAUACGGAGAAUUUGGAAUCCUACAUUAAAAUUCAGCAAUUCCUUUUCUCUGUACUGGAAUGAUAAUCCUAUUUCAGUUUUGUCUCCUUUUGUUCAGCAUGGAGUGUGUUUCUGCUUAAUCAUUGUCUGUGUAAAACAGCUGUCCUGAAUUGUCAAUUUCUUUUAUUAGGCUAUAGCACCAUUUUAGGAAACGGUGUCAUGUUUUCCACAACUGAAGACAAAUGUGGUGUUGCAUGGAUUUCUGUAAUUAAGCUAUUUAACCUCCUUGCCUGAGUUGUUUUAAAAACGUGUCCUCCUGUCUUACUAACAUGCAUGGGUUUGUAAAUACCUUAUUUGUGAGAUGUUUUGUGUGUCUUAACCUUUGCAGAGCAUGCCAUCAUCUCAGGUACAUAGCACUGGUUGUGUUGUGCCCUCAGGAAGUAAUGCCAGUAGCAUGCCGGUAGAACACAAUAGCAUACAUGAGGAAAAUAUUGUAAGUUUUGCAUUGGUUUCUGUCAUAAUGCCUGGUGGUGGUUUAAGGCCCUCUCAUGGGAUGUAAUUUUUGCUAUACUGUAAUAGUGAAGAAAACAAGAUGUGCAUACAAUGUGCAUGUUGGCUUUUAAAUAUGUGGCAAAAUGCAUAAUUUGUUACAAUUAUUUUAAAUUGAUCAUUCAUAUAUUUUGAAAUGAUCAUUCAUAUAUAAAUUUUCAAGGGAAAAGGUAGAACUUUGUAGGGCUUAUUCACUGGUAAAUUCAGAAUGUCAGCAUUCAUGAACUUUCCAGUACUUCCACAUGUUUAAUUUGUAGAUUGGUUUAGACUGAAAAAUGUAAAUGUUGAAGUGUACAGCAAAGCAGACUUGCCAUUCAUUUUCAUAUAUUUGAAAUGUCCACCUUUCUUGGCUUCCUCACAUAGACAAUCAACUUUAUAAAAUAAAGUGUUGUAUACCUAGCGUUGACACUGAAGUGGAUAUACUGCAGUCUUGGGUUUAGGCCUGGUUUGGGGACUGAAUAAACUUUGGUUGCACUGAUGGAUGACCUUUACUAAGAGGUAGAUGGAAUUGGGACCCUGUUACUCAUGGUAUCCUCCACGAUAAACUGUGUGGAGUGGGUAUUAGAGGCACUGUAUUACAGUGGUUCCACACCUACCUGCAUAGCUGAGUCCAGAGAAUAACAUUGGGGGAGUGUUCUUUAUCCCCUGGGGUUCUGACAUCUAUAUGAAGUGGUUGGGUGUGGUCGUUAGGAGUUUUGGAGCAGUACACUGAUGAUAUGCAGCUCUAUUUAUCCAUAACAUCUGAAUCUGGAGAGAUUGUGCAAGCCCUGGACCAGAGACUGGAUGCAGGCUAAUAAAUUGUGUUGAAAUUUUGUGAAGAUUGAGGCUCUUUGAAUAGGUGGUUCUCGUUUCCAAAUGAUAAGCCAGUUGCCUCUUCUGAUUGGGGUUAUGCUGCCUCUAAACAUCAAGAGGUGCUCUAGGAUACAUCUUUGUCAUUGAAGGCUAAAACAUUUGCACUGGCUGCCUAUAUGCUAGCAGCCCAGGUUCAAAGCCCUUGUGAUGAUAUGAAAGCUGUGAACAGGUUGGGUCCAAGAUAAUUUAACUAUGUUGGUAGUUAAUCCUCACGACCAUCACAAAAGGCAUUUUUAUACCACUCAUAGUCAAAGUGCUUGCUUAUUCUGAUGCUACCUGACAGCAAUUUAUGGCCAAUCUUGGCUUCUGGAAGCAGAUAAGCUUGCAGUUACCUGGCAAGAUUCUUAGAGAUCAGAUCUCUGCCUAGAAUGGUAUGUAGUGAAGAUAGGCCAGAAAGUUUGAAGUUAAGCAUAAAAGGAGAUGAGUAGGAAUCAGAAGAGAUAAAUAAAAAAAUCAUUUGAGAGGUUUUGGGUGGCGGGAGCAAGGAAAAAAUAUAUCUUGAGGUGUACAUUUAGCUGUUGAAAGCACAGGAGAACCUUCAGCCCUGGGGGGAGAAGUGUGGAGAGAGAUUUAGGGAACAAUUGUGUGCCUGGGUGUGCUUUAUCUUCUAAGUUUCCUCUUUUUCCAUUGCAGCCUUUAUUGGCUUGGCUUGGCUUGGCUUGGCUUGCCAAUUGACCUGAAGACCCCAUAGACAGGCUUCUUUCAUAUCUUUAACAUCUAUACAAUGUGAGAAAUCAGCCAGGAUGAUUGCAGGGCAUGGGAAUCAAUAUGACUCGCUUCUAAUGGUACCCAGUGAACCAGUUGUUGCAGGCAAAGAAGCAGCCAGAAAAGUUGGCAACCCUCUAAAUUACACAGGAGCCUGGUUAGGGAAAAAAGUUGGUAACCCUUAGUUCUAACCUUAUUUCACUUAAUAAAUUAGCCACUUAAUAGGCACGAGUAAAUGAAUUAUUGCCCUUAUAAAUGGUGCCGUGUUAUUUUAUAUCUCUCUUUCUUUCUGGGGUUUUUGAUUUCAAGUUUGCCUGAUGAGGGUACACGGAUGGCACUGUGGUCUAAACCACUGAGCCUCUUGGGCUUGCCGAUGAGAAGGUCGGCAGUUUGAAUCCCCACGACGGGGUGAGCUCCCGUUGCUCAGUCCCAUCUCCUGCCAACCUAGCAGUUCGAAAGCGCACACAAAAAAGUGCAAGUAGAUAAAUAGGUAUCGCUCUGGCGGGAAGGUAAACAGUGUUUCCGUGUGCUGCUCUGGUUUCACCAGAAGCGGCUUAGUUAUGCUGGCCACAUGACCCAGAAAAAUGCCGGCUCCCUCGGCCUGUAAAGUGAGAUGAGUGCUGUAACCCCAGAAUCGUCUGUGACUGGACUUAACUGUCAGGGGUCCUUUACCUUUACCUUUACCUUUUUCCUGAUGAGAGAGUUGUAGCAUAGCCUUCUCAAAAUGUAAUCAUAUUUAAUUAACAAACGUUCUGUGGUUAUUCCAGUUUCACCACUACCUUGGAGCUAGAUGGCUAUAGGUGUCAGUGCAGUGGACCUAGGUCCCAGAUUUGUCUGAGCAGAUACAUGGAGCUGCCACUAUCCUUUUAUGUUAUGCUUUGUUUGUAGACAGCUAAGUGAACUUGAUUAUGGUAUCUAUAAACAGCAAUACAUUCUGGUUUACUGCACAGCAUAAUUCAUUUCUAUACAAAGAAUGUACAGAGAAAGCAUUGAGAGGAUUUUGCACUUCACUAGUGGAAGAUUAUAUUUAAAAUUAUCUAAGUUUCUUUUGGUAUAAAAACAUCAGUUACAUUCACUGUUAAAAUUACAAUUAUUUUCAUAUGUCAACAAACAGUUUUCUUCAAGGUAUAGAAACCACAUAGACUGCAGAGUAGUUACUUAUUGUCGUGUUCACCUGAUACUGCCCAAACCUAAUUUUCCCCUGGCUUUUAUGUUUUCUCUGAAAGGAUUCUUCAGUGUAGAAAAAGGUUGCAAGAAAUUUUCACUUUUCAAGGACAUUGACUGGACAUAGUGUGCUGACUGUUGAUUACUGAGCUAGUGGAGGAUAAGCAAGAAGAUUCUGAAAUGAUUAGACCAUGUUGGACUAGUUAAAAAUGUCUAAUGAAUGGUGAGCCCUAUCUUACAAAUUACUCAAUCUAUGUCAUAGAAAUCAAUUUUUAGUGGGUAAAACUUCAUUCAAGUUCUAACCAGUAUACCUCAAACGACUUUUCAGUAUUGGCACUGUUCCACAAAUUGGAUCAUAUCAUUAUAUUCAGACUUUAUGUCCUGCCCAUGUAGUGCUAAAAAUGUUGCUGUGCAACUUUAGAUUGAUAUAUCAGUGAGAACAACUUAAUGUCUCACCAGAGUGGUGCAUGCUCUAGUUAUCUCUCGCUUGGACUACUGCAGUGCGCUCUGUGUGGGGCUACCUUCGAAGGUGACUCAGAAACCACAACUAAUCCAGAAUGCAGCAGCUAGACUGGUGACUGCUGAGGGCCUUCUGGCGGUUCCCUUGGCUGUGAGAAGCCAAGUUACAGGGAACCAGGCAGAGGGCUUUCUCGGUAGUGGCACGCGCCCUGUGGUACGCCCUCCCACCACAUGUCAAAGAGAAAAACAACUACUAGACUUUUAGAAGACAUCUGAAUCCCUAUUUAGGGAAGCUUUUAAUGUUUAAUAGACUUUUGUAUUUUAAUAUUUUGCUGGAAGCCGCUUAGAGUGGCUGGGGAAACCCAGCCAGAUGGGCGGGGUAUAAAUAAUAAAUUAUAAUUUUAUAAUUAUUAUUACUAUGUGAAUUAUGCUAAAACAAGUAUUUUUGCCUUUGGAAAAUAUAUCUCUCACCAUAAAUGGCCACUUGAUAGUGAAGCCAUUGAAUAAAUCUUUACUGUUAACUAUUUGGGACCACUGUCUCAGAAACAAGUAAUUGGACAUGCCAUUUAAUCUCUACUAAGCAUAAAGCUUUGAGAGCACUGCAUGCUGUUUUUGGUUAUGCAGAAGUCCCCUCCCAGCUGUUUUACUGAACUGAGAUUUGGAAAUUAACAGAAAUGGAACAUCUAGAAAUUUCACAGAAUGAAUUUCUAAGAUCUACACUUAGAACACUACAUGGUACUCCAGUAGUUUGUAUUACUGCAGAAGUUGGGUUAAUGACCACAAAGUUCCUCACUCUCAUGCUGUUUGUAUAUUAUUACAAGUAGUUUAGAAUAAAUUGUGAUACACUAUUGCAAAAAUUAUUCUUGGCGCAAAGCAGACGCAAAUGCAACAACAGUUGACUAGCUCACUGUGUGCAAAUAAUGUCACAUCAACCCCUAUGAUACCAAGAACUAAUAUUUAGCUUGCCAUGACCACCCCCCUCCAAUUAUCAAAACUAAAUUAAGGGUGUAUUUCUAUAAUAAAGUUAGCAAAACACCCCACUCUUCUUUUUUUUAUAUAUCUUUGAUUAUAUAUAACAUGCUUUUGAAGGUUAUUUUCUAUGAUUUCACACAUUUUGUCCUGUAUGUGGUUGAUUCCAAAUCAUGCAUACUCUGUCUUGAGAAAUUAUAUCAGAAGUAUCCUUUCAGAGCAAUUGCUGUUUGUGAAAUGCAGCUUGUUGAGGUUUCUCAAUAUGUACUUCAUUUUGUUAUUUAUACUAAACACAAGAGGAAAUUCCUAUAACCAUUUUCAGAUAGCCUGGCCAGUUCUGAUGAUUUAGCUGGAAAAAAACCCCAUCAACAACUGAUAGAAUUAGGUUACACUUAAGAGCUGCUAGAGUUGCUGUUACACAGAAAUGGACAACAUAAUUUACUGAAACAAAUUCUGCAAACUGAAAAUGUGUGAUAUAUGUAAAGAUUUGGGCUUUGAUCCUAACAUCAAUUCCAUGGAUGAAAUGGAGUUCCUUUUCACAAAGUGGGUUUUUUCUAAGCCCCCUGAAAAUUGUUCCUGAGGCUUAGGGGAUUCUCCCAAUCAGCAUAGCAUAUGAAACAGGGGACUGCAGUAGGAAGCAGGUGGCAUGACCAUUUGGUUAAAUGGAAGUGCCUUCUGCUUGUACACUAUACCUUUUGGAAGCAAAUUCUAGAGUGCCUCUAUAUAGGUUGCUUGUUUUUACUUUGGGUGUAUUUUUAUAGGAUCACCACCUUCUGUCUACUUGCAAUGAGGAUGAAGUCUUGCAUAACCUACUUUGAUUAAAGAACAAAGAUUUGAUUAGUAUAUAUUAUUUGCAAUACAGAAAUCUUAGGAAGCUUUAUUUAAUCCCAUUAUACUCUCACAAAAAUCCUGGCUAGCACACAGGUGUGUAGUGCUUAUCAGCAAUAAGAAUUUUCAGCUCAUCUGCAUUACCAUUACGAACUAGUUGGCUAGUCUAGGUCAGGCUUCCUCAAUCUCGGCCCUCCAGAUGUUUUGAGACUACAAUUCCCAUCAUCCCUGUCCUGCUAGCUAGGGAUCAUGGGAGUUGUAGGCCAAAAACAUCUGGAGGGCCGAGGUUGAGGAAGCCUGGUCUAGAUACUCAUAAUUUUAAAGUGUAGAAGAAGCUUUGCAAUGAGCAGGUAGGUGAGAGAAAGAAGUAUAUCCUAGGAAAUUCAAACAAAGGUAACACAUAGAGUGGUAUUAAACUAAGUAAUUGCAUGAGCAGAAUGAUUUCCAUUUGCAUAACGGAACUGUGAAAUCUCCAAAGGAUUGGGGAAACUCAUAGAACAUAUUUAGGUGGGGGUGGAAAGGGUGGGGGAAUUCCUUGCACUAAUGGAACCAGUGACUUAGCACUACUUUGAAUUCCACCCAUAGAUAGAUAGAAAUUUUAGCUAGAUAAUAGAAAUUGUAUACACAAAUAUUAUAAAAGUUACAUGCAUUACUCGAAGUAGUACAGAAAGAGCAGAAGCAUUCCACUGCAUACUUGAAUGGGCAGGACAUCAUCUGUUAAUGAGAGCUGAUUACUUGUUCUGCAUUGCUAGAAAACUAAAAAACUAGAGCGACUAUUUCUGCUGCUGCUGCUUUAAAUAACACAUAACUUCAGCAGUAUCCAAUCCAGAUAACUCUAUUGUACUAGCUAUUGGCCAUGACAAAUACUUCAGCAGUAUAGACUUUGGACUCAUUUCAUUGCUUUAAAAACAAAGCAAUGCAGACCAAUAGUUCCAUGGAAAGACACAUGUUUUUCCUAGUGCCUGGUAGAUUUCUUAUAAGCUCCACUGUUUCAACUAUGCCAGUAUUACCUAUUGUUUAACACCUUGUCUAUGAACACAUAGUCCAGGACUAGUUUAAUAGACUACUCCUAUACUACCUUCCCUUCUUGUAUCAAAGAUUUAAAAUCCACAUGCAUCUUAUGAUAAAUGCAGAAAGAUGUUUGGUUCUAAAUAUUGUGUAUAUGGCAGUAUGGUGAUUAGGAUGUAAAACCGGGGUGUGCAGUUGAAUCAGACUUUUACAAAAUAUUUUGUAGCCUGCUUCACCACAGUUGGAAUCCUGACAGAAAUUUGCUGUAAUCAUUACACAUGGCAGGAAUUUUAAUAAAGCUCAUUUAAUCAUUAUCUUAUUCAAUUUAACACAGCUGUGCAGGUGGCUAAAAAUGGAGUUGCACAAAAACAAAUUAUUUGUAUUGUAUAAGAAAAAAUAACUGGCACUACAAUCUAUACACGGCCAGUGAAACAAUAUUUAUAUUGGACCAACAAGGGAGACCUGAAUUAGGAUCAGACAUCGUUGCUUAAAAUGUAGGGAUUGAACUCCUUGAUGAUGGGGUAUCUAGUAGGAAUGGGGUAUCUAGUGCCACUAGCCCAAAAUAGCUUUAGACUUGGGUUUUUUCAGCUAUACUGUGCCCCACUCCCACCUGUCAUACCUCAGUUAAAACUGGGUGUGGGGUAUGGCACGAGGAGUUGGCUAGUAAAAGAAAGUAAGAGCAUUUCACUGGAUGUGCUCAAAUUCUUAAGUAGCAAAUUGGAUCCCAAUCAUAAGGUGCACACACAUACAUGUACGUGCACACACACACUCGCACACACACACAAAUCUUAAUUUCCUUGAUAAUCAAGCUCUUAGAAUAAAGUGAAUGGCAAGUAUUCUUUAAAUAGCCAAGUUCUGGCAACAUUCAGCAUUACCCAAGCAGAUUUUUGCUUGUGCAGCAGAACUUCCCCUUCUCUCCUCCCACUUGCAACCCCUCCCUAAAAAUCUGCUCCGGAGGGUUGGUGAAACCCUCCAGAGCAGAUCUUUGGGGUGCACAGGGGAGUGCAGAGGAGGCAAGAGGAAAAGGAAUACUCAUUGCACAAGUGGGCAGGCAUUUAUUUGUCCUUCAGUGAUAACUUGUCAUGCCUCUGUUUAAAAUGCAGAAGUAGUAACUGUAAAUCUUUACAAUUUUAGCAGGACUCUGAGGAUGACGAUGAGUUGGAGGCCAUUAACAAGAAGCCUUAUGUGCCCGAAGAAUUUGCUGACUUCAGUGUCUACAAUGCCAGCUUGGAAAACAGGGAAUGGUUAUCCUCUAAAGGAGACUUUGUAAACUCUCGUGUUGUUGAAAAAGAAGUAUCUCGUAGUCCUACCACUAGCAGUAUUACUAGUGGCUACUUUUCCCACAGUGCCUCUAAUGCUACUUUGUCUGAUAUGCUUGUUCCCUGUAGUGAUAGCACAGAUCAAUUAGCCAAUCAGAUGAGGGAUUUGGAUUCUAAUGACCAUUCUGUAGCCCAUCUAACUCAUGAUUUAAGACCUUCAAACAAGGAGACUUCAGAACCAGAAAGAGACUUGGCAAAAUAUAAGGUGCUCAUGUCACCAGUUAAAGAAAAUAGUGCCUUAGCAGCAGAGAUUCCAAUGUAUGAAAGUACUACUACCAUUCCCACACAGUUACAGUGCACAGGUUUGGAUUCCUCAGCGAAUAAAAACACACCACAUGGGAUUGAAUUUCCAUUUCGAGAAGCAACAGUUGAACACACUUCAAAUGUUUUUGAGGAUCACGCCUUUACAGAAUUCAUGGGUGCUGAAGAUGGAAAGGAACUUGAAUGUUCGGUAGGUCCACAGUUCUGUUCCAGCAGCUCUUCUAGUCAAAAGAAAAAGGUCGCAACAGCUGGAACGAAUUGUGCUUCUGGUUUCUCAGAUAAUAUUUACAACCAGGACAAUCCUUUGAGCCAUUUGCAAUCUGCACCAGUGGGAUAUCAGCGGUCAAACAGUACUGAAAAUCCUUCAUUGUCUGUCAGAAUAAAAGAGGCUUCAUAUUGUCAGAUGUAUGCAGACUCUUUCCUAGCAGAUGACUUCAUUGGAAAAAAUCAUUUAAAUGUCUCUCAUUGUGAAGAUGUUACUUCUGAAGAACACCCUUGUUGGCUGGAAGUGGGGGAACAAGUGUAUAUUGCUAGUAACAAGCCAGGCAUAGUAAGAUAUGUCGGUCCUGUUGAUUUUUCAUCUGGUACCUGGGUUGGCAUUGAAUUACAUUUUCAAACAGGUAAGAUAUGGUCCUUUCCAUUAUAUAUUUAGAAUCCUAGAUACAAGUUGUCUGGUGAUAUUUGUAUAUCCCAGUAUUUUAGGACUGGAGAAAUCCAACUGGUGAAAUUAGUAAUGCCUGUUUACUUUUAUUCAUUUACAUCACACCUUUCUUCUUUCAUGAAACUCAAGGUAGCACACACAGGCAUUUCAUUGGGGACCCUAGAGGAUGGGGUGCAAAGUGGGGUUGGGUCCAAACCCUGGGAUAAUUGGUCAGAAAGACUGUUGUAAUCAAAGCUAGUUGAUAAAGAAUAGAGAAAGCUGCAGCGUAUCUACUAGUACCAAGCAGAUGAUUCCAUCAUCAUGGGUGUAGAGCGUUGAUGUGCAGUGAGGAGCUGUCAAAUACUAUUCCAAUACUGGCCCAAUCUGCAUGUCACAGUAAGUCUUCAUUUGUCUUAAAUCAUGGUUUAAUUGGAUGCAUGUGUCUCCCCUGCCUUGUUUCAAACAAGGAAUACUAUGGCUUAUUGUGUUUUCAAACAAACCACAAAUAGACUAGACUCUAGUCACAAAUUUCUUGCAAGCUCUUCUCAUAAGAUAAUCAAAUAUAGCCAUACCUCUCUAAAACAUCUUUAAUUCCAACACUUUUUCUUACAAAUUUUAAUGAUUAAAUAAAUGAAUUUAAUCAAGAUUAUCUCACUUUAUGUUCUGGACCUUAAUUCACCAUAUGAGAGGGAAACAUUGAUAAACAACUGAGGCAAGAAAAUAAACCAUCAGCAGCAUGUCAGAAAUAUACCAAGUAUGGGGAAGGGGAAGAAACUGCACAAAGAUCUGCAUGGCAGAAGAGAGGCACUUUCACAAUUAAACCAUGGUUCAAUACAAACAGACUUAUUGUGUCAUGCAAACGAGCCCAUUGAUUGCUACUGCAUAUCAGAGACUUUCAAAGAUAUUAAGAUGUAUUUGCAUGUCACAAUACUCCCAGGAUACUUGCACAACCAGGGAAUUUUAUUUUAGAGAAGAUUCCUUAGUAAAAUUGACAGCUGAAGAUGUUGAGAACUGGGAACAGGACUUUUUGCAUAGGUUCCUUUAGUUAAGGACAGAAGAAAUUUAUCCAUAAAAUCAUGCAGUGCUUAAUGGUCAGCAGCAGCAGAAAAAUAAGCAACUGAAAAUAUGCCCAGACUGCUCAUGGACACUUAUAUAGGGCACUGGUUACUAAAAAGUCACAGAAGAAUCAGAAUUGCAGAGUUGGGACCCAAGGGUCAUCUAGUCCAAUCCCCUGCAAUGCAAGAAUCCCAACUAUAGCAUCACUGAUGGCCAUCCAGCCUCUGCUUAAAAUUUUAAAAAGAAAUGUAUAGGUCAUUCAAGUAUAGUGCACAAUUGUUUAUUAAAUUGGUAUGAUGCACAACAAUUGAUGUGACCAGGCAAAAGCAGCAGCAUAUAUUUCUAGAAAUUGCUGAAGUCUCUUUUCCCAUUAAGAUCAUAGAGGAGCUGCUGUUCAACCAAUUGGCUCAUGAAGGAGUUGAGUAGGAAUUGCAGCUUCCAAUUUUUCAGAUCAAACCACUUUACAUACUGCAGAAAAUAUGAAUGCCACAAUAUGUCAGUUGCAUCUAAUUUUGUGUCAUUUCAAUGCGCCCAGAUGAUACAGUUGGCUGAGGCUCUUGUGUGUGUUUUCUGAUCACAUGCUUCAUCCCGUUUGUGAUGUUUUUUUGUGCUUCCACCAUGCUUGAGGCUUACAUCUGAUCAACCAUGAGUAACACUUACCAUUACUUCCUCUUAACCAACUGGUUAGUACAACACAGUAAAGAGUGAACCUUUGUAAGCAUUAACCAGGUGAAGGCUAGUAUCAGUCUCUAUGUUUUAAUAAAGAUUUAAUAAUUCCUCCCAUGGUUUCAAACUUCUGUUAAUUCUUACUGGAAUUAUUUGUGCUUAUUUAAGGGAAACAUGAUGGAACUGUAAAAGGCAGAGAGUACUUCCGCUGCAAACCACGACAUGGGAUAUUUGUUCGUCCUGAAUGUGUCACUAAAACACCAGCUCCAACAAAGAUAUGCAGUAGCAGUUCACGAUCUCAGGUAUCAUCCACCAUGGACACACGGAAGAGUUCAGUUCUGCAGAAGUCACCCUCUUCCAAAGCAGAGGCAGAAUCCUUCUGUCAAUCAGGAGAUGCAGCAGCUUCUGCUUUUUCUAGAAAACAGGAGAUCAGGAAGUCUUGGAUUAACUGAAGCUGCAGUUUUGUUCUUGUUUUUGCACUUGCUGCACACAUCACUGUGUAGACAUAUUUUCAAAGUAAUUGUAUAGUUUUUAAUUUGUUACUGAAUGUUUGAGUCAUGGGCAUAAUUCUCUGGUUCUUUAAAAAAAAUAAGUAAUAUAUAUAUAUUGAGUGUGUAUCAUUUGCCUGCCUAAAGGCAAACAUGGCUGCACACUAAAUUAAAGUCAGGCUGAAAUCCUAAAUUCUCUUACCUGGGAGCAAGCCCCAUUGAACUCAGUAGGUUUACUUCUGAAUUGAAAUGUAAAGGAUUGUGCUUUUUGUAAAUAAAACUGUGAGGUACUUGACCAUUUGCUACUUAACACAUUAGAUCAUACAAAAUAUUGUGUGGGAUGCAAUGGGAUGUAAAUAUGUAUCUGAGGGGAAAUCUACCAUAUGCUGUUACUUACCAAAGAACAUGUAUUAGAAUGAUACACUUGCUGUUUAUAUCUUGGGUUGUAUUGUAUAUGUUUGUUUUACUUGAUAGCUUGGUGCCAUAUUUCUACAAGUUAACACCAGGCACCACGCUGCCUUAUAUCCUGUGUUUAUUAAGCACACUGAAGAGACUGCUAUCAUUUUUGUUUUCUAUUUUGUCUUCCUAUAGGCCUGCCACUGUGCCAAUUUGACAUUUAUUGAAAACAUUAACAAUGCCUAA